AUGCCUGCAAAGAACAAUGAGUACCCACCUGGUGUGUACAAGCUGAAGUUUCAAGCAUAUAAUGCAUCCACCAAGCAAAGUGUGAUAUAAAUGCAGGGGGGUGUUUAGUUGAGAAAGUAUAAUAUUAUCAUUUUUUACUACAAGAGCUCCUUAACCAAGGUAAAAAAAAAUUUAACCUGAAUUUAAAUUUGACCUGCAACAUAUAAUGUCUUAUGAUAAAACAUAACCCACUUAGAUUCAUUGUUGCUAUAGUUUUUAUUGAUUUGUCCUUAAAUAACUGUUGCUGACCUGACCUCAAUUUUUGAUUUCCAGCCAAUGAGUAUUGUCCAAUCUUCAAGAGAGUGACUUGUUCACCCCAGCCUAAUAGUGAAUGUCUAUUAGACGACGACUGCCAGCCGGUCGCUGGUAAACCUACACCCCUCUGCUGCUACAACGGAUGCCACUACUAUUGUUUUACAGAUUAUAGUAAGUUGUCUGGGUGACUUAAAGGAGCUGUGUCACAAAAUUUACGAAAAUUCAAAUAGUGGGAACCGCAACCAUACUGAGUGAAACAUAAGAAUAACUGCCCAGAACUUGAAUAGAAGGUAUAAAUAACACUGCAAAAACAAAAUGAGAAAUGGAUGGACAAACUUGAGGAAGAUUGAAACAGAUUGAAAUUGUACUUUUGAAGACUUGUUAGCGUGAAAGUUUUCCCAAGUUUAUUUUUUUGACAUGAAGCUGUUAUUUUGCCAUUUACAAGUAAUUUUCUCAAGUUCUGUAGAAACGAAGGACACGUGAUUGGCAUCAUUCACAAGAUGAAUGAGACUGCAACUGUGACACAGCCCCUUUAACUGAGGUUGAUUUUAAAACUCAAGCAACGGAUUAAGUGAUAAUUAAGAUGAAAAGGAAAAAAACGAACGCAGUGAAAAUGUUGGAAUGGAAGAAGGUGCUAACUUUACAAGCUUCUGUACUACACUUCUGAUUGGUUUAGACAUAUGUGAGGAACAUGUAAAAUUGUAAACUUCACUUGGCUAUUGUUUUCAACUCUUAUGAUUGGUCGAAAUCUUUUAACACAAUAAAACAUCCUUUGAAAAUGGAGUUUAAAUACAUUUCAUUGCGUAAAAUGCCCUUUUGUAGGUUUAUGCACUCUAUGCGUGAAAAUAAGGACCUUAAGCAUCGACAACGAAACAUGAUGACGACAUUUCAAAACCAAACUGGGCGAAGGGUUUUGUUUUCGGUGGGGAUCGAACAUGAAGUUUAAGCAGUGCAGCUUCCCAGACAGACAACGCCUUUUUCUUUGCGAAGAACUUUGUCGUUACAGUCUUGUUAUGGCAUUCAAAGACCUCUGUAAUUGCGUCUUAUAAGCUAUGAGGAUGGUUUAAUCGAUGAUGGCAAAUUUAUUGUUUUUUACGACCUGGAUCAUUCGAUUUUGCAGGCCUUCUCUUCAUCACACAGCUUUUGUUUUUGUUUUGAAGUUAAAAGUGUAUACCGAUCUUGAACAGCUCUACUUGCAGUUAUGCAAGAUUUCAGCUGCUGAAGAGAAUUCAGUGUUGCUGCAAUGUUCUACCAUAUUUGUCCUCUCUCAGUACUACUCAUAACCACAUCAUGUUCCAGAGUCCACUGUAAAAUAGUUGCCUUUACUAGUGGCUAAAAACAACAUGGGAAAUUAUAAAAUUUUUCUACGAAAAAAAUAAACGUUUGUCCUUUAGUACAACCUAUAGUGCACGAGUAAACAUAGAAUGUAAGGAAACUAACAGCAUCUAAUCUAAAAGGUUCGGAAGAUAGCAGAGGAAAGCUGACUUGUCUUUCUGACUGGUUGUUCCGCCAUCACUCAUGUUUUCAAACAAACCGAACCUGAAAAAUAUAUUCAAGUUAGCAGGCAAAGAAAGCAACAAAGGGCUUAACAUUUGGAUUCUGCUAAUCCACAUAGAAUAUAUUUCUACUUGUACGGAAUGACAAGGGGGAAAAAGAGUGAUAUAUAUGCAAAAAGUAUAGUUUUAUACUUACUUUUUAGCGACAACGGCAAACCUCCCUGAAUUUCGUCGUUGACGAAGGCUGGAUGACGUUUUGACAACCUUACACAUGCCCAGAGGGUUCCUGCGGGAAAAAUUCUCUUCCGGUCAGUGUCGUCAUCCCAUUUUGUCGUUGAUGCUUAAGGUCCCCAAUGAAAACAUUCCUAUGUGAGGAAAGCGUAUUGUGCCAUGACAAAAGAACUUGCUUGCUUCUUACCCGGAUCAUUACUUAAUUUCAAAUAUGUAUUAUGAUACUGUUGUUAUAGUAUUGAUACUCGGAUAAGGCGGAUAAGAACAAAAAGCCAUAGGCCCUGUCUUACAACCCUUGCACAUAUACAUGUAAAUUCUGUAGGACAUUAAAGAACCCGCACGCGUUUUGUAAAGAGUAGGGGAUCUAGUCGGCAGUGUAGUGGUCUAUCUCUCAUUGGGGGAGGGACUGUUACGGGCCGACGUAUCAGCUGAUAACUCGAAUUCUGGUUCUUACAACUUACCAUGACUGUUGUUUUACACAAGUACAACGAAUAGAUAACGUAUUUGAAAAUCAUUCCCCUGUAUCAUCGUAAAUAGCAUUUUUGUAAUUUUAUUACAAUGUACACUGUAAUAAUUAAAUAUUAAAUAUUAUAUGCUACAGCUGUAGUAACGGUCACGAUACCUGUGUGUAAAUAUGUUGUAACUAUUGUGAAAGAUAGAAGAAUCUUUAUUAAAAUCUGUUGUCUUCUAGAUUCCUGAGAGGGAACCAAUACUUUCAGUAGGUGCAGGGAGGUGUAGGGACACUCGUAUACUUUUCUCAGUAGUGGGCUAGUUUUUGCCUUAAUUGAAGUACACAUGUCAUUAUAGAAGGUAGCUCUUUCUUGUUGAUGCAUUUGGCCACUCUACUCUAACCUGCUGAAAACCUCACAUUAAUUUGAUUUUAAAAAAAAAAAUCCUCAGGGGACCUAUUUCCAAGGUUCAAUUACUGAUAUGUGAGUACAUGUAGUUUGCUAGACCUCUAUCUUAGAUUUUAUGAAGUAACACUGACUUUGCUUGCUAAGGUAAGGAAGGUUUUUUUGGGCUGUCCAAGCUGCCACAUGUACCGUAAAUCCUCUAGUAAGCCCUCCCUUCUCGAAUAAGCCCCCUCUCUUUACUUAGCGCUCCCUUUUCAGGGGAGGAAAGUUAAUAAGCCCCCCUCCCCUUCCCCUUGUUAUUUUUCACUUAUCAAUAAUAGACUGUAUUGAUAAAUCACAACUGUAAAACUUUGUGGAUGGUUCAUUUACCAACUACAAGGUAAAGUUCGGAUUUGUUUUUGAUCCUCAUCUGCAUGACCUCCAACUACUUGUACUUGAGCUUUUCCACUUUGUGUUAUAGUUCUUAAAAUGGAGAACUGAUAUUAUCUUCUUCGCUAAAUUAAAUAAGCCUCCCCCCUCCCUCAAAUGUGUUUGCAAUAAAUAAGCUCCCUGGGAGGCUAAAUAGAGGAUUUACGGUAUUAAAAAAUUGAAUACAAGAAUAAUGUUUCUGUGAUUAUAACAAGAGUUGAGUCAAGUUCAAGUCAAUUGUUUUAAUUGGUUUUUAACUGUUCUGCUUGCUUUACUUAGAUCCAGUUGCUCCAACAUUUCCACCAAAGGUGAGCUUCCAAUAGCCUGGCUGGCUCUUAGUCCUAACCUAACCCUUGCUGCGAAACAAAGCUGCAAAGCAGUGCCGAGACCCUUGUUUUGCCUAAUGGGAUCAAUGAAUCACUGGAUGUGCAUUUUGAAUUUGCCUUCAGCCUGAUUGGCAAAUCAACAAUGAUGGUUUCAAGACAGAACCCACCUGGAAAUUGAGUAAUUUUAAUUCUCAGUGGAGAAAAACCUUGUACCAAAAUAAUUUAAAGAAUAUUGCAUUCUUCUUUACAUUUUUGAAGGGCUAAAGAUGUAAUUAGUCAUCUGUAACAGGGCUGUGUUCUAAGGAAAAUUGAAGGGAGCCCAGUGCUCUGAAACUGUAAAAUCUAGGGUGCCCAGCAUAUGAUUUGUAUGAAAAAUCUGAGAUCCCAUAAGAAGUUUUCUUUGGUGUUAUUACAGAUGACUAAAUACAUCUAUAGCCCUUCAAAACUGUAAAUUUUGUACGGAAUAUGCUUUAAAUUAUUCUGGUACAAAGUUUUUGUUCACUGAAAAUUAAUGUUACUCAACCCUUUAAGCCCUAAGAGUGACCAGCAUCAAAUUUCUCCUUGUAAUAUCAGUGCUUUCUUAAACAGAGUGGUCAUGAGAAUUGAGUACAUGAUCAGGGACUAAAUGAUAUUUCAACAAAUUCUCCUCUCUCCUUCUAUUGAAAAAGUAUAAGAACAGUAAAUUAGAUUCCCAAUUUUGAUCUUAGGGUUUAACCCUUUAAGCUCCAACAUCCACAUACAAAUUCUCCAAACUGAUCUCUAUACAUUUUGUUAAAGAAUAAGUUGAGAGAAUUUGAUGAAAGAUCAAAGCAUUUUCUCUUAGGUGAUCAAUUUAUUAAUUCUCAUAACCAGAACUCUUGACAAUCAAUGGAUAUAGUUAGGAGAAAAUUGAUGUUGGACACCAUUGGGACUUAAAGGGUUAAAGGGUUCAUUUCCUGGUGGAAUCCAUCUUAAUUGGCUAAUCAUGGUGCACACUCAUAUCCUACAUGAAGUACAGGGUUUUCGGUAGCAUUUGAAAGUACGUACAGAUGAAGUGGUUCAGCUGGCGGAUGUGCUGGAGGCACAAACUCCUAGGGGUGUCCGGGGAAAUGCCCCCCCCCCCCCCAAAAAAAAAAAAAAAAAAAAAAUUUGUAAAAUUGGACUCUCUAAAAUGCAAUUUCCUGCAUUGCUUAGACCAGAAUUGGGUAACCGGAAUUAUUACAGGAAUUAUCUCUUUUUUUUUUCAAUUAUUGCAUGCAUUUCAUAACUGAGUAAAAUAAGGUUCAAGUCUUUCUUUAAGAAAUGGAAAAAAACGAUUUUCACUCUUAAAAAAAAUAAUUACAGUGAAACCUGUAUUAAGCGGACACCUUCUAUUUAGUGAACAGUAGCCAAAGUCCCAAAAUUUAUUUCCCUUAAUUACUUUAAAUGAAACCUUUACUAAGCGGACACCUCUAUUAAGCGGACGCAGACACCUAAAAAGUACCUGAAAUGGUCAUUUCUAUUGUUGCCAACCUGUAUUAAACAGACACUUGUAAUUUAAUUCCACCACCCAACAUGCCAGACAAGGGAAAUGCGAAAGAUUGCCUCGAAUUGCCACCCACAAAUGUUUCGAUUUUUACAUUUAAAACCUUGACUUGAUGAACUUAUUUGAUUAGUUUCAGCGUACUGUAUUGUUUUCUAUUUCGUUUUGUUUGUACAGAGCUUGUUUCACUCAUCUGAUUUCUUCAAAUUUGAGUUGCUAUCUAUGUUUAUGGUACUAUGAUCAAUUGGUUCACUUUGGUAAAGAAAUAGAUGCAAACGUAUAUCGUCAUAGUCUCUGGGAGUAUUGUAAAUGUUUCCACUGUUCAUUUGAAUGGCACUUGACACCUCAUAUGACGUUAUCUAUCAAAAACUGUAUUAGGCGGACAACCUGUAUUAAGCGGACACUACAGCAUUCCCCUAGGGUGUCUGCUUAAUACAGGUUUCACUGUAUUUCAUGUGUGCCGACUACCGGACGUUACAUGUCAAACAACCGCACGUUGCAUCCGGCGUCCAGCUUGAAACAAAACCCUGGAAGUACAUAAGAGGGGGCUGGAAUAAGGAUUUUGGCGCUUGUUCACAGACUGACUUAACCUGAGGUUUGGUUUCAUCUAUGGUGCAGGCUAGCUUCCGAUUGUCCUGUAUAUCAAACUCAAAUAUUACUAUAUGCAAAAAAAAAUAAUAAUAAUUGAUACUCUAAACGUAUCAGUACUAUGAGCCUCCUAUUGAUGCUGAAAUCAUGGUUGCUGAUAGCCAAUCAAAUUUGAGAGUAUUGUUAUAGAUAUGAUUAACCGUGUAAUUAAGCCUGGUUUCCAUAUAAUCGUCCAGAUCUUCCCAAUUGCCCCAGUCAUUUCAAAUAAUGUUCGAGUGAUCAGGCCAAUAAAAACGCUACCUAGACCAUCGCAAAGGAGCCAUUAGAUUGGCACGACCUCGAUCGUUUGGAUAGAAUAAUUGAGUUUUAUCCAGAUGAUUGACAUGAUCUUGUAAAAUUUAAAGGGAUCAUAUUAAAACAUUCUCAGACGACUGAGGUGAUUGGAACGCUCAAAGGUUAUCCCAGAAAUCAUACGUCUUAAUCCAGUAAUCAAGGAGAAAUUCAGUCGGAUGUUGCUGAGGGUAAAAAGAAUACAUGUACAAAAAUGUUUGCAGGAAGAUUGGCAGUGGGGAAAAUUUACUUGUGAAUACUGGUUUAGUAAUUUCCUCUAUUAAUUUUGUUUUUUACAGAAAGGAGAACCUGGACCAGUUGGGCCAAAUGGUGACAUUGUGAGUAUCACUUAUGCUAACUUCCCCUGCUGGAACCAAGUUGUGAUGGUAUUGAGACUGGGGUGCUGUAAAGGGGCUACAAUCUUGGGCAAAAAGAAUUUUGCACUUUCUUACCCACUGGAUGCCUAUCUAGUGGAUUUUGCUAUCUGGCUAGUGAAUUCUGUUCUUGGGCAAGGGAAGUUUUUUGGGAAAAUUCAAAUAACGGAAGAACUGUAAUCAAUCCUGCUCAUCACUGACUUUCUUUGCACCCUACUAGCGGGUAGUAGUUGAAGCUUACUUUUUUCUUUAUUAGGGACAAAAAGGAGAACAAGGUGAUCAAGGACCUCCAGGACCCAAAGGCUAUAAAGUAUGUAGCACCAAUAACUGGAUAAGUCAACAGUUGACCCUUGAAGUGUAUAAAAAAUGGCACACUUUUUCUGUCAUUUUAGUUCUUCAAUAUUAAAUUAUAUAUCGGAAAUUUAAACUAAAAAAAUUGAUGGUUGAACGGCAACUUGCACAGUGCAAAGGGCAGGAAUUAUCUGUCAGACGUACUCUCAUUCGUUCAAUAGCAAUAUAUAAUGUUUUGGCUGAUGUAGUAUUGUAUACAGUUGAAUUUCUAUGUGCGACCACCUCCGGCAGGUGACCACCUUCCAUAAGCGACCACCUUCCCAAAACACCAAAAAUGUUCUCAGGAGAUAAACUAGAAAGGGAUAACCUCUUUUAUCUCCUUUUCACUUUCCGAUUUGGAUUUGUGAAUAAACAGUUAUUAUUAUUAUUAUUAUUAUUAUUAUUAUUAAUUAAAGCCUUAUACUGGAACCUCUCGCAAACGACCACCUCCUGUAAGCAACCACGACCACUGUUUCAGCUGACAGUUUAAGAAUUUUCUAUUGCUUUCAACCUUCAGUAAGUGGCCACUUGACCAGUUGACGCAUGGCCUCUCUAUACAGUGAAGUACAUAAUAAAAAUGGACAAAAAGGAAUUUAUUCUUUGGCUGUCAUUAUUGUCUAUACAUCUAUUACUGUGUUUAUUAGUUCAAUCUAUAACUACAAUAUUAACCAGUACCCUUGAGAAAAAGACUCAGUUUUCCAGGUUUAAUUUAAGAAGUUAAGUUUAUGUUCAGCAGACGUGUUAGGGACAUUUCUGUACAAGAAGUCACGUACAAAAGUAAAAUUUGUUAACCAGAAAUUUAUAACUUGCAUGAUCUAAUAAUUAAGUGCACUUCCGUAAAUGAACUGACCCAAACAAUAGCUAAUGAUUUUCUCAAUAAAACUACCAGUAAUUGGCAGGGGAAAGCAAACUUUCAUUAUUUUUUUAGAAUUAUUAUAAACGUACCACUCUAUUCUAUGUUGCCUAAAAAAUUUCGCCCUUGUGGUCUGACUCUCAUACAUUGUAUGUAAGUGACCACUUCCCAUAAGCAACCACCAAGCCUUUGCAUUUUGCAUUGGGUGGUUGCUUUAAUGGGAGGUUCGACUGUAGGAAGAAAGCUUGUGUAAUUUACAAAUGUUGAAUGAAUCCCUGGCAUGUAAACAAAGUUGCACAAUGCCUUCCUAUAGUUUGUUGUCAGGCUUUUCUUUACUGAUUUUUCAUUCUUCAUGCUCAAUUCUUGUGGUAAUUUAGAAUCAAGAAUGGAGACUUGCAACAGACUGCUAACGUUCUUUUAAACACUACUCUACGAGUAGAAAGAGACUCCAAGAGUGAGAAGAGUGCAGGCUCCAAUAAUGUAGGCACGUCAACUUUGUUGGGAGAUAGCAACUUGGCCUGUGGAAUGGCACAGUAGGGUGCUAGUUUGUAGGGGUCUCACUAAGAAUAUUAACCCUUUAAGUCCCGAUAGUGACCAACAUCAAUAUUCUCCUAACAAUAUCCAUAUGUUACCAAGAGAAAUGGUUAUGAGAGUUAAUAAAAUGAUCACCAAAGGAAAAAUGCUUUGAUCUUUUACAAAAUUCUCUCAACUAUUUUUUAAGGUAAUGUAUGAAGGUCAGUAUGGAGAAUUUUUAUGUGGAUAUCGGGGCUUAAAGGGUUAAGGAGGUUUGACUGUGUAUAGAAAAAAGGGCAGUGUAAAAUGCAGACUGCAGAGUGACUGCGGACUACUGUUUUUAGGGUUAGAAAACAAUGGGACUAUUUUUGUCACAUACUCAUUUGCAUGGUGAAAACAAUCAUCUAUAGUAUGCGUUUUACACUGACUGAUAGAAAAAAAUUAUGCAUGAUAUCUGAUUGGUAUAAAUCCAUAAUUCUCCUUUUGUUUCCAGGGCACCUCAGGACCCCCGGGUUUAAGAGGAGACAUGGGUGAAGCAGGCCCAAUUGGACAGCCUGGCCCUUCUGGAGGAGCCGGGGGAUUAGUAAGUUUUUGUUUGCAGUUCUUCCAGUCAGAAUGUAAUAAUGAGCUACAGCUGUAUUGUUUGAAUGAAGCCAUAAAGUUUUAAAUUAUUAUAGCAUUAUGGGCUAUAACUUGUGCUCCAGUAAUUCUAGAUCUCCUAUUAUCAAACAUUGCUCCAAGGCCAGGCAAGAAGAGAGUAGAAAUUAAAGUGUGACAUCACCAAAAUUUGAAUUUGCGAUUAAUUAUGGGAUUAAUGGCAACAUUAAUUUACAAAGAACAAGAAUGCUCUUAAUAUCAACGUUAAGUCUCGCUUGCUUGGAGAUUAGAUAAGAAAUGAGGGUUCUCAAUAGAAGGCGGCACCCGGCGAUUGAUCGCCGCUUACUUUGGGAUUUAUAGCCGCUUACUUUGUGUUUAAGUCGCUUUUCUUUGCUUUGUUUUGACACCUCUGGCUUUGCUGAAGAGCCUCCUACUUUAUCAGUGAUCACCUCCUACUUAAAAAUCUAUUGAGGAGGACAGUUUUCAUCCUGUUCUUUUCUGUUUAUCUCCACCAAUCUAAUAAUUUCUUAAAUUAAGCUUUUGUGAUGUCAUGACAUCUUCUCUCUAUAGAUGUAGGUCCUGGAGUGUAGGUGGGUGUCACAUUUGUUUGAAGUGUUUGGGAUGCCUAAACAUGGUUAAAACACUUGGGUAUUAGUCUUAUUGGAGGGUAGGUGCCGUGAUGGUCAGGACAGAGGAAGGAUCGAAACAGUCUCCUCAGCAAGAAGGCAGUCAGCACUGGUAUUAAGCCACCUGACACCUGUCAACAGCAACAUAGCAAAACAAAUUGGGUGAGAGCACAUGGCAAUGACCGUCCAAGCCUCCGUGUACAGACUGUAUCUUUCACAUCAGAUUGGUGAAAUGGCUGCACUCACUUGAUUUGAACCUUGCCUAAAUUACUAAGGCUGUGUUCUAACAAAAAUGGAAGGGAGUCCAGUGUUCUGAAUUUGUUUAGGUUGCCCAACAUAUGAUUUCUUUGAAAAAAAACUAAGAUUUUCUGGUCACCUGAGAGCAAAAGUUGAGCAUCAGGGGCCACAGGGCUCGGCUAGAGCACAGUCCCAGAUUACCUUUAGGCUAAUUGAUUAAGAGUGUCUACUGUAACCAUUAUAUUCUAUCAUGUUACAGACCAGUGGAGAAAAGGGGCCUGAUCCUCAAACUCCUGGUGGCAUUAAAGGAGAACAAGGAGCACCGGUAAGUUCAGUCUUCAGUGUUUAUGCUAGAGGGUGACAUUGCAAGAUUUCCACAUUUUAGUACUGCACAAUAUCAUAAUUUUGUAUCAAUAAAAAUUAUGUGCACUAAAAAUUAACCAUCCCUUCAGUUUCAAUAUAUGUUGUAUUUAAAAAUACUGUUUCAGCUGUUGAAGAAUGUAUCUUGUUUAUGUGAAGGAAUCAAUUUUUGAUAACUCAAUUCAAUCUUAGAUUGUAGUAUUCAAAGUUUUAGAAGAAUGCAAUUUUGAGCUACAAGAAUAAGUGAUAAGUGUUAUCCUCCUCUCAAAAAAUCUAGGGUGCAAGAGGUCCCCCAGGAUCACCGGGAAGGCGUGGCCCACCAGUAAGUAUAUUAUCUCCUUGCCUUUUGUUUAUUCUUUCAUUGUUUCAAUGACUAGUAAUGAUAAUUCACUAGUUAAUUGAGUAUUCUACAAGUUGGACAUCAGUUUUACUUUCUUUUAUUUUAUGGCUACAAUAGUACGCGUGCUCUGAUUGCCUGCUGAACGGGCAAGAUUUUCUUGUAAUGACCAGUCAUUACCCCUGUCUUAGACAAAAAUAGAUGGGACACUUCCACCCAAUGCUGUUUUUUUUUUUACUUCUGGCUUACCUGCUCAUCCUCCCAAUGUUAUUUAUCGCCGUUAACUCACCAAAUCUUGUGCAUCAACAUUGGGUGGGCAAGAAGACAGUAAAGUGUCCCAACAAUUUUGACUGAGACUGUUUUUAACUUGAUAGCUAGUGGACCAUCCAUGUUAUGGUCAAUGAACAACUGUCAAAAAAGGUGCCCACUGACCAGUGUCACAUUACUGUACUGUGGGCUCAAGUGUAAGACUCAUUGAGGUCACAUGUUUUUUAAAGUUAUCCGCUCACCAGUUAUUGGUUUUAAUUGAUGGCAGGCUCAGGUCCAAAAAUUCUCAUGGUCAAAGACACUGUGUCUUGUGGUUUCAAUCGCAUCGCCGCAGGUUCAAUUCAGUUUAGUGAACAUGAUCGACCUCGAAUGACCUCUUGUGUGAGGAUGUUGAAAAUCACUUCCAGUGUUUUUUUGUUGUAUUCAACUAAAGAAAAAGGCACUAAAAAGGGCCAUAUAAUAACUUAUUAACCUUGUCUGUUCAGUCAUUACAGGAAAAUUUCAGUAGUUUGUAAAUAUCUCUCAAUCUUUACAUUAGGCUAGUAAUGAUAAUUUAGUAGUUGAUUGUGUAUUCUCCAAAUUGGAAAUCAGUCAGUUUUACUUCCUUGCAAUAAGAGAUAACUUUGGGCAGCAUGCAAAGAAAAUUGUGUCUGAUAGCCUGGGGCUACCAUAUUUAGCUUCAGGCUUGUGAAUUCUGUUCUUAACUUGCCUAAUGAGUGAGUGAAACUUUUUGGGGGAAUUCAAACUACAGAAGUACCAAGACAAAUUGUUUAUUAAAAAAAGUGCCAUGUGGAUUGAAGCUGUUUUUAAGGCUGAAUUAUCACAGUUAUUGUUAUUAUUACAAUGAUUUAAUAAAGCUUGUAGUGAAAUAACAAAUAACAAUUAAUUAUUAAUUUUUUUGGGCCAGUUAAAAUGACUUUCAGGCCUAAAGGGUAAGCGGUUAAACUGACUUUCUUUGCCCCCUGCUUGAGCCGAUUGAGUUAGAGUUAAGAAAACAGUUUUUUGCAGCUUCUUAUUAGGUGUGUAGAAAUUUCAUUAGUUGACCUCUGUAAUUCAUGUGAAUUUUAGGGCUGUUCUGUGUAGUGCCUAAACCUCAUACAAUCCUGUGCUCCAAGGAAAAUUGAAGGGAUCCCGGUUCUUUAAACCUCUAAAAUAUACAGUACCAUUCAAAAGUAAGUCGACACUGGAAGCUUGAAACUCGAGCCUCUAUGCUCGUGUCUCGAAGCUUGAAUGCUUCGAGUGUGAGAUGCGAGGAUCGAGUCUCGAGACGCAAGGAUCGAGUCUCGAGUUUCGAUGAUCGAGGAUCGAGGAUCCAAGAAGCCAGGUUUUGUGUAAGAACGAUGGUAUACAGUCAUGUAGCCAUUCAGAUAUUCGCACCGUCGAUCAGUGCUUGCGAUGUGGUGUUCUGUAACUGUUUGAAUUGUCGGGGUUUGGCAAGCUUUCAAUAAGUGUAAAUCAAUAUUUUCAUUUUCGAAGAUUUAUCCUGCAUGUACAGUGUAUGUAGCCUUUUGCUUGCCGUGUUCCGAAAUUUUCACAGAUGAACGGUGCCGCUCAGCAAUUCAUUCUGUCAAUUAAGCUUGUCGCAGUUUUAUGCAAAUCUUGGUGAAGAUUAUGUCGGUUGAGUUGUUCAAUUUGCUUUGUUUGUCAAGCUUCAACUUCUUACGUGUAAAGGCAGCUUAGGACAUGUAGCCUUUCACUCAAUAAUUUUAUUUGAAAACUUGGCGAUUCCGUGGCUUGUCGCACGUUUGGCGUAUGUAAAUAAUGUUGAUAACGUCAUGAGAAACUACGUUUGUUCUAGAAAGUGAAAUUUUCACGUGCGCAUUUCAGUCAAUACCGUAGCUUGUCACGCUGUUACUGUAUGUAAAUAUGCAAAUCUACAAGUAGUCACACAAUAAUUUCAUGGAAAACUGUAUUUGUAACAAAAAGCGACUUUUUCAUGAGCAUUUGAGUUAUUAAAUUUUCCAUUAGUCAAUUUUACAUAAUUUAUGUAUCUUUUCAUCUGCCAUGUUCAUUCGAAAACACGGCUCAGCAACUCCGUGAAUUAUAAAACUGGCUUUUAUGCAAAUCUGGCUGAUGUCACCGGAAACUUUGUUUGCUGAGGCGAGAUUCUAACACACGAUCAUUUGAGUAUUGAAAAAAAGGUCCAAACUCGUUUUGUUCAAAUGACAGAAAGUGACAAGGAAUGCACGAGCCUGGCUCAGGCACUCUGCAAAAAAUCGGAAACGUAGUUGUCACAUGAUGCGGAGUUUGACAGACAGACAGACAGACCUCGUGGUAUUGAUUUGUGAGAUGGAUAAGAUCUAGUUUUCAGAUCGAAGCGUGUGAGUCUGUGAUCUUGUUUUGGAACGAUUAAAGAAGAUUUAUGGUUGAAAAAUGAGGUUUGAGUUUCAAACAGAGGUUCUUUUCACCGCUAGUCUGACGUAAGAACGAUGGAAAGUCAAAAAGAAUUAGCGCUGUAUACUGUUCACGAGCGAUAUUAAUACAGUCGUUUCCUGUAUGAGUUGUUUCGUUGUUGUUUACUUUUUGAAAGCUAUUACAUAUAUGUAUCUCGCCUUCACUUCUAAAAAGCAAGGUUCAAAAGGACUAUUAACAGGCGACCAGAAGGGAACAUUUUCGCUUCAAAGCGCGAGCUUUGUUCACGCGAAAGCGAACGAGUCUCACCCAAUGCACGGAGCCGUGAUUUUUAGAAUGAAAGGUAAGUGUACACUUAAAGAGAGAGCGCUUUCUCGACUCAAUUUAAAACUCGAUCCUCAAUCCUCAAUCAUCGAAACUUGAGACUUGAUCCUUGAAAGUUUUGAGAAUCGAGUCUCGCGUCUCGAGACGUGAGUGACUGUCAACUUACUUUUGAGCGGUAUUAUGGGUGCUCAGAAUGUGAUUAGAAUGAAAAAACUAAGAUUUUCUGGUCAUCAGAGAGCAAAAGUUGGGAGCCAGGGGCCAAUGGGCUAGCAUACUUAGCUGCUGGGAUUGUGAAUUCUGUUCUUAACUUGCCUGAGGAGCAAGUGAAACUUUUUGGGGGAAUUCAAACUACAGAAGUUCUAAGACAAAUUGUUUAGGCUGACUGCUAGAGCACAGCCUUGUUUAUAUUAAAAAAUUAUUAAAAAAUUAAUUUUCAUACACACUCAAUGUAUUUUUUUUCUUCACCACCAGGGAACAGCUGGAGCUAGAGGCACUACGGGUCCCACUGGAGAAGCAGGACCUAGGGUAUGAUUAACUUUUAAUUGUAGGGCCUGUAGUAGGCGGCUUUGAAACUCACACCAAAGGCACAAGUUCUUGAGGGCCAAGACAACUAGGGACAUUUUGAAAUUUAGAGUCUUGGAAAUGCCAUUUCCAGGGGUUUUCAAGAGGUAUUUUCCACCAUGUUUUGUCAGAAUACAUGCAAGACUGAGAACAAUGCCGUUGAAAUGACUCAGACAUUCCACGACAUCGCAUGGUUCGAUCAUUUCACAGAUCUAAACCUGUUUAACGCCCACGUUGGCAUCUGAAGUGGAGCUUGGGUGCCCAUGGGCCAGGGGGCUGCAACUGCAAUAACACCCCAAGGCGGAAGAACAUCCACAGGCCUACCAACCCGCAACCCAGCCACGAGCCCCCCUGCGCCCAUCCCGCAACCACCCCCACUCCGUGCCCGUCAAGUUUCUCCUGCCUCUGUUGCCAUUUCAUGAGCACACGAUGGCAAAAGGUGUUUGUGUUUUUUCCUUUCUGGGUUUUGCAUGGGAUUUUAGGUGUUUAUAGAGUAUUUGGACGAGAGCUUGUUUUUAUUACCUCCUUGUAUUUUCAUCUCACUCUUGCAGGGAAGAAAUGGUCAGCAAGGUCCACCCGGAUUGCCGGGAGGAGAUGGUUCAGAUGUAAGAAGCUGAAACAAACAAUGCGUGAUAAUUUUUUCUUCCUUUUGUAACUAUGCUAACACCUCAUAUCUUUCAUUAGGGAGCUUAAGCAACAAUGACAGGGACAGUUAUGAAAAUGUCAGUUAAAAAGUGUGUUUGCACUGCUUAAUUCAAACUUAAUUAGGCGUAUUCCAUCAUGUUCAAUUCAUCAAGUAAUGUUGGCAAAUUUUUCUGAAGAUGAAUUCUAAAGGACUGCAUCAAAGUUCAGAAAAAGAAAAAGAGGGUCAUUGUCUUGUGUUCAUGGCCUCCACAAAACAUGAAAUUAGGCAGUUUCACGUCAUAGUCAUGCAAUGAUGGCAAAGAAAUGUUCAAAAAAGCAUUCAAAGUUGUUUUGCCAAUCUAAACCUAUGGAUUUUUUGCCAUUCUUGUUGCAGUCGCCAUUCUCGUUUACUUAAUCUCCCUGUUGUCCAUUAAAAGGGCUGUGUCAUAGCUGCAGGACAGUUUAUUUUUUCAAUAUUGUCAAUUACGUAUGGAACUCAAUAUAAGUGAAGAACCUACUUUUACAUAACAAAAUCUUAGUCCUGUGUCAAUCAAACAAGCAUUAUAUCAAAUGUUACUAAUGACAAAAAUGAACUUUGAAAAACUGUUACGCUAACAAGUUUGCCCAAUCCUGAUCCAUUUCAGUCUUCUUCAAAGUUCGUCCAUCGUGCUUUCUUUUGUAUUUUCUGUGUUAUUUAUCCCUCCUUCUGAUAAUUAGUUUGAGCACUUAAUUCACUCAAGUUUUCGGUAGUUUUCAAUUUUUUAAACUUUGAUAAAUUAUGUGGUGCAGCUCCUUUAAUUUUCCAAAUUUGUGUGCAUAAUAUUCCUUAUGGCUUCAACCUAAGAGAUAACGGGAUGUGGCGUGGCAGAUGCCACACCCCUACAUGUAUGGUUGAUCUAGGAUUUUUUGGGAACCUCAAUUUUUAUGUAGCUGUUGAUUUAUACCGCAGAUACAUUUCACAAACCUUGGUGAUAGUCAGUGGCUUUGGUCACGAGAUAAUUUUAUAAUGUCAUGUGUGGCAUAAAGAUGAGCCAUUUUUGAGGAAAAUUCCAUUCUCCUGCAUGAUUUUGUGUAAAUAUUAUAAAACAAUUCCCAAAGCUGCGAAAUGUUUCAUUUCUAUAACAACAUACCUUAAUAUUAUUGUCAAACAAGAAAAAUACUUGGUUUCUAAACUAUUUGUAUAAGUCAGAGUUAUCAGUGAAAUCUCAGAUGGCCAUCAAUAUGGCAACCAUUUUCAGUGAUAUCAUAGGUCCCAGGACAGUGCUUAUAUCAUAUCUACGUUAAAAUAAAAUAAAAACUGCGUUGUGGUGCAAUAAGGGGUUGCAACAACCACAAUCACUCUAGGGCAGUGAUACCAAUUUGCUAGAAUGGCUUCUCUGUUCUUUUCUGUGGAAUGAUAACCAUUAUAGUGACUGAAAAAUCAGUAGUGGCAUCAUUUAUUUACUUUUGAUAGCUGGACACAAUUUGUUUGUCUUUGUGAAAUGUUAUACAGGGUGAACCUGGAGACAAAGGAUCUCAAGGAGACCCUGGAGCCCAAGGACCACCGGUAAGUAUUUUCUGUAUUAAUUGUUCAAAGUGGCUCUUGCAUUAGCCUGAGAAAACAGCUGACAUUUCACGAAGCCACCAGUGGUGUUCCUUCAAACUGACGUCUGAGAAAUAAGCACAGAUUUUCCGUACUGAUGACACAUCACUGCCCAGAUCUGGCUAGCGCUUCUGAUUCGUUGGAAAUUUGCUUCAUCCAAUCAGAGGCACUACCCAGAUCUGGGUAGUGAUGCCUUGUCAGUAUGGAGUUUCUCAGGGUGCAAGGAAGUUCAGUUUUGCAGCUUGCGAUUCGGGCAAGCUCUAGCUAGCACGUACUAGCCCCAACGUCAUUUCAACUAGCCCGAAAAAAAAUUUUGAUGAGCACUGGUUACAGUUCUUCUGUAAUUUAAAUCCCCCCCCCAAAAAUUCAUUUUCCCAUCUGGCAAGUUGAGAAUAGAAAUCACUAGCCCAAUAGCAAAAUCCACUAGCCCUGGGCUAUCAAACACCACUUUCUUUGCACACUGAGUUUCUGCACUCAUUUCUCAGACAUAUUUUGUGGGGAUACCACUGGUGCAUCCGGAAGUGUCAGCUGUUUUCUCAGGCUACUCCUGCAUGUAUACUAAAACAUUCUGUACAACUCUGUUACAACACGUUUUGGAUUCCCAAGUCCUUUUCUCCACUAUUAUCUCCUAAAUACAGUACAGGCAUCAGUUGUUCAAAAGUUGGAUACAGUAGCACUAUCCACUGGAUCAACUUGAAUCCAUUGGAUAGCUCAGUUGGUUUCCCUAAUACUUAUCCGCUGUAUAUAACCACAUUGAGACAACAACUCAACUGCGGUGAAUUCUAACACAAAAAACGGCUGUUGUUUUACUGACAAGUAGUUAAGGUUGACGUAAAACUAGAAAGGAAAAUACAAUUGACAGAUCUUAAUUACUUGCGAUAGGAAAUGCACCGGGUAAGCAAUACGAAUACAAACUUAACUAGAAAAUUCCAAAAGGCCAAAUAAUAAACCAAAUAAAAGAGGAAACCAAAGGAAAGACUAAUACCUUGUGAGCCUAUUAUAGUUUUUGUCCUGAAAAACCAAAAUCCUUCACUGAACAAGCGAACAGAGUAAUCCUGACCCGCCGAGCUAACAAUCAUACAACUUAAACUAACGGCUUGAUCACCUGACCCGAAAGGGCACGAACGUUUACCUUUCUGUGCAGGCCUGGGCUGGCUAGCAGCUACACGCUGAAUAAUGACUAUCCAAUGGAUAGUGCUAUCUAGCGUUUGAACGACUGAGACCUGUCUGUUGGGACCUUUUGGCAUAUUAGAAACCAAUUUAUCUGACAAAGAGUUAAUAGUAAGACUUUUUUUUACUGAAAUUCAUUAUUGUAGAAGUGUGUAAUUUAACAUUCAAGUGAUAUGACUGUGUGAAAAUGGCAGAUCAUGCAGUGGUCUGAUAUAGCAAAUACUAUGGUCAUUUAAUAUGUAGUUUAGAAAAUUAUGAUAUGAUGUCAACUGUGUUUUCUAAUAUGUCCUUUCAAAAUAAAAGAUUGAAAGCACACAUGUCCUUUUGAGUAAGAAAAAAUAUUUCCAACGCUGAGAUGAGUGCUUCAGGAGCGUUAGUUGUGCAAGGCAAAAGCCAUGCAUCUUAGAUGGGUAGACCGGUAAACGUUUUUUGCCCUACAAAAGUAUGGUAGCUCUUGCCUGUCAGUUACAUAAUUAAGCAGUUUCAGUUUUCUUAGACUGCAGUUUUUUGUCUUCUAGGGUCAAACAGGUCAGCCUGGUAUACCAGGUUUGACAGGAUUCAAGGGAGAUAAGGUAUGUUUCAUUUCUUUGGAAAAUAUUGUGUGGCAUUAUAACCCACUUCUUCUCUGGCACCAUUGUAUUGCUAAGUAACACUUAAAUGUGGUCCUGGCUGAUCCCCCAAAAUAUUUAAAUUGAUGGAAAAAUAUAACAUGUCUGUUUUAACGCUUUAAGUUCCAAGGUUGACCAACUUCAAAUUUCUCCUAACAAUGUCAAUAUGCUAUAGAGAGGAGAAGUGUGAUGUCACAUUACCAUGGAAACAAAAUUUCGGGAACACAACAACGGGGAGCUUUAGCAACGUCGACGGCAAUUUAAACGGGAAAAAAGAAUAGGGUUUGCAUUAGCGAAACAACAAAUUUGCAUGUGCAUCACGCUUUUUUGUGCAUUUCCUAGCUGUUGUUGCACGAUUGCAACAUGGCCCGCUUUAUGGAGUAGGAACAAAGCACAACAUUUUUCUUUUCUUUUUCUAAGCUUUGAUUUGGUCCUUUCGCAUUCAACUCCAGAAAAUUUUGCCAACAUUUGACAAAUUAAAUGAAACUUGAUAGGAUUGAUGAAGUUUGAAACAGUGUGAAUUCAACUUUUAAGAGACAUUUUUGGUUUGUCGUCAUCCAGAAAUGUGGUUACCAUGGCAACGUGAUGUAACAACUUCUCUUCUCUAUCAAGGGAAAAGGUUAGAAUGUGUAAUCAAAUGGUGGCGGGUGAAAUUGAAAUUAUUAGAAUUUGGACAAAAAACAAGUGAUAUUGUUUUCUAAUUUUGUGAGUGUACCAUUUGAUUAGAUAUUAUUAUGAUCAGUGCCAAAUAACGUUCACGAUCGUGGGUUUUUUACUUGUUUCAUUUUUGGCUUAAGUUCAUGAUUUUCUGAACUUUUCCAUAAAAUACCCAUUAGAGUUCUUCUUUGUCACAAGCGUUUCAGUUUUAGCCCGCGUUGUAAGUAAACAGCGCAGGCUUUUAGGGUGAAACUGCUGACCAAAACUGUGGGGGCUUCGAACGCACGCUAUAUAUUGACACAAAACGUGAUUUUCUUUUCGCCGUGAAUGGGCUGUGUACGUUUUCCUUGCUAUUCUGACAGAAAAUUGACGAACGGGACUGUUAUCUGGCAGGAAAACCGUCUUAUUGUUCCGGUAAUUCUUUUUGAAGGGUUUUCAUUUUCGUCUCAACAUUCCCACUGGAAAGUUUUACCCUUAAAGUUGCCUUUUCACCAAGUGGUGCGGUGCUUUCCCUCAACACUUCGGUUUGAUUCUCGUGAAUGAUAUCUCUGAAUCGAGUCUUUUGCCACUGGCAAAUUUCAUCACCUAAUAAAAAAUGCUUUGAUCUUUAAGCAAAUUCUCUCAAAUAAUUCUAUAACCCUCUAAGCCCCAAAAUCCACAUACAAAUUCUACAGACUGAUCUCCACACAUUUCUUGUAAGAAUAAUUGAGAGAAUUAAUUUUGGUGUAAGAUCAAAGCGUUCUCCCUUUGGUAAUUAAUUUAGUAAUUCUCAUAACCUUUACUCUUAAUGAUCUGAUGUUGUUAGGAGAAAAUUGAUGUUGGUCACUCUUGAGACCUAAAGGGUUAAGGAACUGUAAGGAGAUCAGUAUGGAGAGGUUGUGCAUGAGUCAACAAAAGACUGCAGAUAAUGACAAGAGCCACCUAACUUAUUUCUUCUCUUGGAAGAGGAAGUUGUUAUAAUCUUAGCUUUGUUAUUACUAGUUCAACUGCCUUAACUUACCUUGGCAAAUGUGUAUUUCUAUAGGGAACACAGGGAAGCAAGGGAAACAAAGGAGAUCAAGGAUACUCAGGAGAGAGGGUAUAUAUUAUUCUAAUAGUAGAACUAGUAAUAACCAAAAAGAGAAGGAAAAAAAUCACAAUCUCAGGAGCUCAAGGUUCUUUUUAAUAUCAUCUGUGCUUUCUUUCAUAGGGAGAUCCAGGAGACCCAGGUAACCCCGGUAUGGAUGGUGCCCCUGUAAGUAUUUUAUUUUUAAUACAGUUUAGUUGGAGUAGUUAUAAAAUGGAACAGUUCUCACACACAGCUGGCAGCCAUGCCAAGCCCACCAUGUAGACCAAGCUUUAAUAUCAACACUACAAAUAACAAUAUUAGUAUUGCAGCAGAAAACGAGCUAAUAAAUGGCUGACAAGAAAACUGAGACUGGACACAUCUACAAUAACAACCAAAACUAUGGCACUACUUUAAAUCGUAAAACAACCCAAAAAACACAUGAAACUUUUCUGCUUCUUUCUCAGCCGGCGGAAAACCAUUAUUCAUUUCUUCACAACAGCGAAUUUAAUGAUUACUUAUCAUUAGAUAAUGGAAAAGCCUUCAACCAAUAAUGCAGUUUGAGUCGUGUCACCCUUUGCUGUUUGCACUGUUUGCGUUGUCACCCAAAGGACUUGAUGCUAACGGUCUUUACUAGCUCUCUUUUUCCUUUCCUUGUUUGUGUUCAUAUCAGUUCUUGGGGUGUCUUUUUCUUGAAAAAAGGUUGCAGUGGACAAUAGUUAAUUGUAACUCUUGGCCCAAUGUUUUCACGUUUCAAGCCAUGUCUGUCCUUGCCAUCCAUAGCAAUUAAUAGACAACGGGAAACAGUUUCAGUGCCUAAAUAAUUAGUCUUUAAUAACAAAUGUGUACCAUUGUGGAAUUCAUUGAUGCAAAGACAGGUUUUAGCUUUUUAAAGUAAUUUGUUGUUGUUGUGGUUUCAGGGUGCAACUGGACAGCAAGGUGUGCAAGGAAAGCAGGGCAGACAGGGACCACAGGGACAGAGAGGACCAGAAGGAUCCCCUGGUGUACAGGGUGCUGCGGUACGUAAACAGGGAGCUUAAGCAAAAACAAUGACGACUACGAAAACGUCACUUAAAAAGUGAGUUCAUGCUACUUCAAACUUUAUCGCGAUGAUUCCAUCUUGUUCAAUUUGUCAAAUGUUGGCAAAUUUUUCUGGAGUUAAAUUUUAAGGGACUUUAUCAAAGUUGAGAAAAAGAAAAAGAAAGUUGUUGGCUUGUGUUUGUGUCUUCUACAAAACAUGAAAUUAGGUAGUUUCACGUUGUAGUUGUGCAACGACGGCAAAGAAAUGUUCAAAAAAAGCGUGAUGCCCGUUCAAAAAUGAUGUUUUGCCAAUCUAAGCCUAUUGCUUUUUGCCGUUCUUGUUACUGUCAUCGUCGUCGUUGCUUAAACUUCCUAACAACUGUUACAGUGCAUUUUUUGCUUCUGGAUGUGUACUUCCUUAUUACACGAAAUAUAAAAAUAUUAAAAUGCACCAAAAUUAUGUUGCUAAAUUUAAAUCGUCUCUAAAUUAAAUUAAAGUAAGUACAACAUGAAAUUGGCAUCCUGUCAGUUAUGAUGUAUAUCGGAUGUCUCUUACACUUUUCAGUCAUUUCAGCUUGACAAUUAACUGAAGUGGAUUCUUCACUGGUAUUAAAUUUUGCUUUCCCGUCUGGACUCUGCAGUUUCCAUGGUUAUAAGGAGCUGUGGAAUCCUAGUGAAAUGAAAAGCCUGACAAUAUAUGAGGAAAAUAAUCCGCACGACUGUUGCGCAGUUUCAGUUUUAAGUGACCUAUGUUCCAAAAUUUACAAAAGUUGCUCAAUUAAAGUGGCCCUAAAUAAGGAUUUUUCAAAAUCGCUUAACUAAAGUGUCACCAAAAUUUAAUGUAAUGAGGUAAAUCAAAUGUCAUAAAGGCUGCAAGCGCUGACCAUACAAUAUUACCCUGCCUGUCAUUCACUUCGGAGUGCUUUUAGCCAAGCAGGAAAAGUGCAUGAAGGCUGUGCUCUAAGGAAAAUUUGAAAGGAGCCCAAUGUUGUGAGCCAGUAAAGUGCAGGUUGCCCAGCAUAGGAUUUCUUGAAACUAAGGCGCUUUCCAUUUGUCAGAACUGACCGCCAGGCCAUGGCUGGAGCAGUCAUUUUGACAAUUAAAUAGGCUUCUCCCAAGAGUUUUUGCUGAAAAACCAUCUCCUUCCAGCAUAGUAUUUAGGAUUUGACUGAUCUGGUUGGAUAGCGUUGAUUAAGUGAAAUUCUUGUUAGUAUGUGUAAUCAAAUGGUGGCGAGUGAAAUUAGGGAAUAAUUUCACGCGCGUUUUGUCCAAAUCCUUUACAAGCGUGGCCGAGAAUUUGAACUCAGGAUGACCGGAAAAAAUCCAGUAAGUGGCUUGGGUGGGACUUGAACCGAGGACUGCUGCAUUGCGAGUCCAAUGCACUGACCACUCGGCCACUCUGCCUCCUUGUUAAUUUCACCCUUUCUAUUAGAUUUCUUGAAAGAAUGUUAGUUAUAUUUUGCUCUGAUUUAUCAGGGUCCAACCGGGCGAGCUGGACCCCCAGGAAUCUCAGGUCUUCCUGGAGCUAAGGGUGACCGUGGUGAGCUAGGAGUACAAGGUGACCAAGGAGCUGUUGGUGAACAAGGACCUACUGGUGAAGCGGGACCAAAGGGAAGAAAUGGACAAGAUGGUACCCCCGGAAGAACUGGAAGUGCUGGAGAGAAAGGAAGCUUGGUAUGAAAAUUAAUAAGCAUAUUUGUUAUUGCGACAGUGAAAUGCAAAAUGGGAAUUAAAUGAUCUAACUGCAAAAACAAAUAGAUGAUGAAAGGCUAACCAACUGUCUUACCCGCUUUUCAAACAGUUUGAUAAAAUUUCAACUGUGAUGAUCUCUUUUACAUUUAUUUCCUCAUUCUGUGAUUCAAAUACUGUAAAACCCCUCGACUAAGAGCCUGGAUUUUAAGAACCUGUUGGGUAUAAUUUGACAGUUAAGCCCCCUUCUGUUUUGCCUAAAAUUUAUGAAUUUUACACACUUACUGUAUUCUAGGUACAUGUAAUCUUAACCAUUUAACUAGAGGUAUUUGACCUGUAAUGAACAAAAAUUUCUUGCGAGUUUGAAACAUUUUGAACCAGUGAAGUACAUUUAUAACACUGACCAUUUUUUGGGCAAAAUGAUUACAGGAGGUCUUUUUCUAAAUUAUUAUUGGGGAGCAAGGGUACUAAUGUUCCCAGGUUCAAAUCCUGGUGCCGACACCACAUGUUGUUUGGGUUUGUUGUUGGUUCUCUCCUUUGCACUGAGAGUUUUUUUCUGGGUAACCCGGUUUUCCCCUCGGCUUAAAGGGAACCUCCACUCUUACUACAGAAUAAGUUUAAAUCGAAAUUAUGUCAAUAAACAAAUUUGUUCGAAAUUUGUCCUUAAGGAAGUGUUUAUAUCAGGAAAAGUGAAUUUUAAAAUCGCUUAUUUUCACUUUCAAAUUUCGCGGGCGCCGCCAUCUUGAAUAAUUGUGACAUGUUACGGUUGCUCUAUUGUUCUGACACAAAGAGCUUUUGUUUAACAGCAAUAGGGCAACCGUAACACUUCACAAUAAUUCAAGAUGGCGACGCCCGCAAAAUUUGAAAACAAAAAUAGGCGAAUCUAAAAGUUAUUUCUUUCGGAUACAAACGCUUUCAUUAAAAAUAUUUUAUAUUGACUUGACUGUAACAGUUAUUUCCUGUGAUUUAAAGUUAUCUUUUUGUUGAAGUGGAGGUUCCCUUUAAAACCAACAUUUCCAAAUUCCAAUUCGAUCAUGAAUCAGGGAGAUGAAGAACCACCAAGUGGAUGUCACCUCACCUCACCUAUCCUCUCAGAGCCUCAUGGCACGUAAGGCCUUCACAGGCCCCCCCCGCUUAUCUCACUUAGCCGUAACAGUGUUCACGUCCUCCCAUGAUCACCAUCCUGCUUCUGCCCUUACCUUUUCAACCAUUUGCCUUCAGCUGGUUUUUGGUGCAGCGUACAUACAUUCCAGUUUCCGAUCUUCUUCUAUCCUUCGACCUGUUCGGCAUGGGUGGCCCUAUCAGAAGUCAAAGACUCCAGCCUACAUAGCUCUAUGGGUCAUUGAGACACAAAUCACUCUACCACGGUAAGGUGGUGGUGUUUUUAAUUUGGGGUAGACUAAGUGGAUGCACUACCUCUAAAUCAUUACUUAUUUAUUUUAUGAAAUAAGGUAAUGCGUUUAUUUUUAUUAGAUGUGUUUUUUUAAUUUUGCCACCCUUUUCAGGGUCCAACUGGUUCAGCAGGCCCCCCUGGACAACCAGGAGCUCCUGGAAGUGCUGUAAGUAAAUUCUCCCUUCCAAUUCCUGUACGUUAUCCCUUUAUGUCCCAAUAGUGACCAACAGCAAUUUUCUCCUAACAAUGUCCAUACAUUGUCAAGAGAUAAGGUUGUGAGAAUAUAAAAAAAUGAUCACGAAAGAGAAAAUGCCUUGAUGUUUUUUUAAACUCUCUCAACUAAUUCUUAAAGGAAAUGUAUGGAGAUCAGUUUGGAGAAUUUGUAUGUGGAUAUUGGGGCUUGAAGGGUUAUUUAAUUUACAGUGCCCUCAUUAUGAGCAUUUAACUUCUCAUCAGUAGCAUUUACCUUCAGACUUUUUAAAAAAUUCUGCUUGGUAAAACCCUACCCCCUCCUUCUUUGAAUUCAUAGUGACCCCUGAUGAGGUGGGUAUGUAUAAUUUUGUUUGGACUGUAAGAAAUGUUUCUAGAACUCUUCACUUAUUUACUUGUUUCUAAGAUCAUUUGUUCCUUAACCCUUUGAGUUCCAAUAGCGACCAAUAUCAAUUUUCUCCCAACAAUAUCCAUACACUGUCAAGAGAUAUGUUAUGAGAAUAAAUAAAAUGAAAAAGAAAAUGCCUUGAUCUAUUAUCAAAUUCUCUCAACUAAUUCUUUAAGGAAAUGUAUGGAGAUCAGUUUGGAGAAUUUGUAUGUUGAUACUGGGGCUUAAAGGGUUAAUUUAUAUCAGAAAUCCUUAAUUUCGCAGUGGUUUUCAUACUAAUGUGUACUUUCAAGGAACGAGUAACAGAAGUGUUAUUGAUAACUACACAUCUGCGGGAGACUUGAAAAAUAAUAUGCUUGGGGAAAGCAAGGGAAUCAUUGGAACUCACUGGGCAAAGGCUACUACUAAUUUACUAGUAGUAAUCAUAGAUCAAUAAGUGCGUUCGAGUUUUCUUAGCUCCAGAUUAGCUUUUGUGUCGUCAAGCUUGAUUUCAAAAUCAUGGAAGAGAUCAUGAAUUAAAAGGUAAACAUUCUUUUCGUAAAAAAUGUUCUUCGCGUAUACGGCUUCAAAAUAUCUCACUCAUUAACUCUCUACUCUUAAAAUGUCUUACUCUCCCUCAAGCAUGGUCGAUAAAAAUGUAAAGUAGAUCGUAAAAAGUUCUUUGUUGUUAAAAAGAUAAACAUGUCACUACAAACUUCGAAAAAAUGGUAGCCUUGAAGGUUAAAAGUCUUGGCUUCUUGCGUGACACAACUUGAAGUGAAAUCAAUGAUCAUAGGAGCGACGGAAACAUAUUAGGUUUCUGCUAGAUUACUGAUGUCAGAGAACCGGACAGAAUCUUUUGCCAUUGUGCAAACUUUUCAUCUCAUGAUUAUUUUACGUUCAUGUAGGUCAGUUCAACAUGUUUUAAACUUAGCUUGCUUCAGCGAGCGAGAUACUUAUCAUGCAAAAUUACCCGCGUAGAGAUAUCAGACGUGAAUAAAGCAUUACAGUUGUAACAAACUGCACUGAUACGCUCAAGCUUACUUUUUCGUGCAUGAAAGAGGUUAAACUACAAAUAUGUAAAUAGACUCAAACGCACGGGUAAACUUCUCACGGCACAAAUGUUACCUGGUCUUUAUUUGUGUGUUUCUACGAAGUUCCAGCUCGAUUUGAACGGCAUUGACCGAAAAGUUUAGCAGAAUCAUCAGCUCAGUGAUAAAACCCGCUUAGAAAACAACUCCAAAGUUCAUUCUUUUGCCGAACUCAAAUAUUCCCGUGUAAUCAUCGAGUUGACCUUGAUGGAACCAGUGAUGCACGUGAUUGCCAUAUGACAAUUGCUUAUGACGUAAAAAAUAGUUGUGUGCGCAUGUCCACCAGGUGAGCCCGCAAUUUCUUUGGCCGGCUAUUGGGCUUAAAAUUCGUGCGCGCGCUUAAUAAUUAUUCAAAAUGGCGCAGAUUUUGAACAUCGCCCGUCCAAGUAACCAAAAAUCUCGAAUCUUCACGCCUGGCAUGCACAGGUAUCCCAUCGACCACAGGAUCCCCAAAGAUUACGAAGCGUUCUCCUAACGUCGAACGCAAUAAUAGAUUUGAACUGGAAGGAAACUAAAAAAUAACUACAAACCAAAUAAGGCUAGGGAGUGAAUUGACUACCCACAAAUACAGGAUUUACAAAAGGGAACAAGAUGUUUACCACUCCUACACAACAGGAAUUAGGUACAAGAAAUGUGUGGGAAUAAUUCAAUUUCAAUUUCAAUUGAAUUCAAUUCAUUGUUUAUUCGCACUGUUUCCAAAGAUUACAUAUUGCACAUUAUUUAGACAAAGAAGAAAAUAAACAUACAGUAAUAACAAGAAGAGAAACAUUGUUAGUUAGGGCACAGCAACCAGAGGAGCUAAGGCUUUUGAGCUGGUUGCCGUAAUGAUAAAAUGAUGUUGGUAGAUCUCGCUCCCAAGUUAUCUUGUCAUUCCGUUAUUGUCCAUUUAACAAAUAGAGUUUGUAGUGUGCUCUAAAAGAAUUGGAGGUAACAAUUUUAGGGAAUAAUACAACAAGGUAUGUAAGGAAAUAGAGAAAUUAAGGUAAACGACCCAAAAGUAAUAAUUAUUAGGACAAUAAAAAUAAUUGGAAAAAAAUAUGGAAUUUAGAAAAUGAAACGAACUUAAAAUGAAUUAAAGUGACCUUAGUCACACUUAAUUACAUUUAGCCAUGUCAAAAAAGGAUUUUUCAUUUAUUGCGAGUGAACUUUGCCUGGCAUAAAAUAAUAGUGUAUUUUAUAUAUUUUUUUCCUUUGAAGUUACAUGUACCAUACAUUGCACCAUUCCCUUUACAACAAUUAAUAAUAGUGAUUUACAGUGCCCUUUUUUUUUUGCUGCUCCGUACACACCAAAUAUGAUAAAAAAUUGCGUUUUUCUCUUCUGAAAGGGUGUCCCUGGUGCCCAAGGACAGUCUGGCCCUCCUGGAGACAGGGUAAGUGUAAUUAACUCAUUUCCUUUAAAUACCAUUCAGUAUCAAUGUGAAAUUCCUAAUUCUAAGUGGCGGGAGGCAACCAGUUGGCUAUUUACAAGCGUGUCUGAGGAUUUGAACUUGGUACAACCGAGAACAAAUCCAGCAAGUGUCCAGAGCAGCACUCGAACCCUAGACUGCCAGAUUGUGAGUCGGACACGCUGACCACUGGGCCACGCCACUUCUAACAGAUAGAAGUUUUCUGACAAAUUUGAUCUAGAAAAGGUUGUGGUUACUCUGUUUUUGCUGAUGUUUGAUUAUCAAUUCUGUAUUAGGGUCGAACUGGUCAGUCUGGAUUGCAGGGACAAAAGGGAGAAAAAGGAUCACAGGUACUAAUUUUUUUUUCUGUGAUUAUUUUUGGGAAUUAGUUAUUAAGUUAAGCUCAUUAUUUCUCAGUUAUCUGUUUAAUUCUCAAGGGUGUUUCUUCCCAGCAAUAUCAGUACACAAUCAAGAAAAAAAGGUUGUGAAAAAUUGAUAAAUAGAGGAUAUUACAUGGCCACUUGGAGAUACAAACUUUCUCUUCUCGUGUUGAAAAAUAUUUCACGAGUGAGUGCAAGAGAAAUUUCAUAUCUCCAAGCGGCCAUGUAAUGUUCUAUUUUUUAUACAAACACCAUUUAAAUACCAAACCAUUUCACUUUAAUGGUUUUUUGGUGUGAAAGGGGCGAUUAGUUAUGUAUCCAUAGCAAUGGUGAUCUUUUCGCAAGUGAAGGUAACAUCUAAUUCUUAUUUCAUGUGUGAAGAUAUCAUGUUUUCGCACGAAAGCUCACCUGGUAUUUCAUUGGUGUUUAUAUGAUAUAAAUAAAUAAUCACCUGAGGGAAAAUGCUUUGAUCUUCUACCAAAUUCUCUCAACUUUUUCUUUAAGGAAAUGUAUAGAGAUCAGUGUGGAGAAUUUGUAUGUGUAUAUUGGGGCUGAAAGGGUUAUUGCAAUUUGUUUCUUGAUGCCCAAAGCAACCUUUGUACAACUGAAAAGCCUGCAAUAUUUUUUGACUGAUUUCAAUACGAUAAUAAAAUUAUCUAUAAUAAAUUUGUUACUUGUAAGAAGUCAAAUGCCAAUUUGUGCACCUGUGUUGUUUCAUAUUUUCUGUCAUGGAUCGUCAUGUAACAGGAGUUGCUCUAAACAUAAUUUGAGUUUCCUCUUGUUUGAGAAUGAUGAAACUGGGUGCGACCUCCAUGGCAAUCAAAUGUCUAAGGCUUUUUGUUUUUUAUUCAAUUGCUGGGAUUCCAUUUCCCAGUAAGUGGAACCAUAGGCAAGGACAUAUGAAAUAAAAAAUGGGCUAAAUUCUCGUUAAAACCAAAGCACUGGAAAGCUCAAAAAAGUAAAUUUUAUCCGGGAGAUUUGCUUUCCAUUUUGCCAAUCCAAACAGUCAGUUAACCGGUGGAAUCAUUAAGAGGAAAAAGGAACAACAUUGUUGGAUUGAAACAAAGUUUCUGGAGGUGUACCACUUUGACCAGAAAAUUUCCAUGCAAACUGAAGCAUAUUCCAUUUAUUUCUUGACCGAAAAUUCUGAAAACUUUGACUUAUUGGAAAGCACCUUUGGUGACCUGUAUGGGCAGUGUUCUCCCUAUGAGGCGGUAACCGGUAAAAUUUACCGCUUGAAGCAACACUUCUUACCGCCUGCAACCAAGUGUUACUAAAAUUUAAAAAUAAAUUGUUUCAAAAAUAUGCAAGUUGUGAUCCAAGCCGAUCCCUGCAAGAAAAGGAAGUAAAUAUGGAAAAACAAAAAGUAUACACAGUUAUUCUCCCUAAUUACUUUAUUAGGUGCUGACUGGCUCCUUUCAAAGCACUGCAGGCCAACAAUUUUUUCGUGGGCUACUGUCCCAAUUCUAAGCUUUUUCGACCAGCAGGAAAUGUUCGCAACUUCCGCGACUUGUGUUACUAAAUUGACCCUAGCGGCAAAGGCAGCCUUCAUUCGUAAAAUUCUUUGUUUUGAGGUGGUUAAAAUACUUUUUGGUCAAUUGGUUGACAGGAUGCUCGAAAAUAAAAGCCUUCAUGAACGCGAAGCCCCUCCCCUGGCAGGAGAGUGCGCCUCUGGCACAUAUUUUCGGCCUUACCGGUCAAGAAUGGUCCCUUACCUGCUAAGCUAAAAUUUAGGGAGAACACUGAUGGGAGACUGGGAGAUUGGUGCUGUAUCCGUGAGAGUUGCGGAUAAUCCAGGGGAGUUGGUAGAUGAUAUGCCAUAUCAUGGUACAACAUUGUACUGAGUUAUUAAUAAUCCAUUUGCUUACAGGGAUCACCUGGACCACCAGGGCCUACUGGACCAACAGGGCGUAGUGGAAAAAGGGUAAUGGAACUGCAUCAUGAAUAUAUUCUAAAGCCAUGAACUUGAUAGGGGAACUGCCAUCCAAAAACUUCACAGGAGUGGCUGUGGUGCCUUUCAGAAAAUUCAGUAGGUGCACAGAAAAAGUCCCAACUGAUUUGUGAUAAAAGGGAAAUUUGACGUUACAUCAAAAGUCACUUUAGUUUUAGUUAGGACAUUUUUCCAUGCACCCCUGUUAUUGUUGUGCUAGAUCAUCUUUUUUCUGUUUCCUCAUGUGGCCCUAUAUUCUUUGAGUAUGAAGGGGUAACUAUAAAUUGCUUGAUUGCAGUAUGUAAAAUACCGUAAAAUUCUGAAAAUAAGCCCCUCCAAAUAUAAGCCCCCCAAACCGGUAACGCUAAAAACCCUCUGUCAAAUUGCCCUCAAAUACAAGGUAAAACAAAGCAAAAACGGUAAAUUUGCAUCCAACUAUAAGGCUAGCCCAAUCGAUUUCGAGACGCAAAUGUUCCUCCGUAGAUAAGCCCCUCUGAAUAUAAGCCCCUCCAAAAAUAAGCCCCUCAUAAAGGGCCUUUGAAAAAUAUAAGCCGCGGGGCUUAUUUUCGGAAUUUUAUGGUAUGAUUGUUUUGUAAUAAAAGAACAUUGAAUUAAAUUUGGCCUAACAUUGAGUGAGAACUAACUAUCUUUUGAGGGAGAAGGCGCUUGAGUAGCAUAUGUAAAGCAGCCCCCUCCCCUCAGGAAUAUAUGGGGAAAGGAAAUUUCUCCCGAUUUUUUUCUGGGUGGAGGAGGUGGCUGUACACAGGUUUGCCCUGGAUAACAUGAAAGUUUUGUAACAAUGUAACCAACAAUUUCAAGAUAAAAAAAGUAUUGCCUGGACAUUGUCUGUGCUGUCACUUUUUCACUUCACUUUGUUUGAGUAGGAUCAAGGAGGAGGAUCAACUGUCUUUACUAACACUAAAUGGCCCUGUUUUUCUUAGGGUUCUACUGGAGCAGAAGGUCCUCCUGGGCCUGCUGGUGCUGUUGGUCCACAGGUUAGUCCAUAAGCUUGACGUAUUGAAAUAUAUUUUUUACAAUAACUGAGAGAUUUUUUGCACUGAUUGGUGAACAGUGAUGGUCGAAGAGAGUACAGACCAUAGGAAUGACACGAUGAUGUUGCAAUUUGUUUUCCUUUUUCUCUCAGGCAUGGUUCUCUAAGAGAGCUCAAUUGAAAUGGAUGUCAAAAUACUGUCAAUGUUACAAUAAUGUUAUAAUUAAAAAAAUGUUCAUAAUUUUGCAGUGAAAGACGUUACUGUAGUUUAAAGGUUCCACUUGAGUUUAGAAUGUUUUGACUUCAUUUCUAUGCUAGAUACAUACAGUCGACUCAAACCCUCUAUAACUCGAACCUCCUGCUAUCUCGAAGCAAUUUUCAUUUCCCUUCAGAUCGUUUUCUACAUAAUUUUACCCUCGAUAACUCGAACUCCUGAUAACUCAAACUGUUUUCUAUUUCCCUUGAAGGUUCGAGUUAUCGGGAUUCGACUGUAUGACUGCAUUAUGACUGUAUUCGUGUGACAUGCAUGAUAUAAAGUGAUAUUGAGAGUAUAUUUCCAUACUAAUGUUCGUUAUGCUUAAUUUUUACUUGCAGUAUAAUUUACAAUCAUUUUUAUAAAUAAAAAUGUUGACAGGUUAACAGUACUUUAUGAAAGUACUGCGCAAUAGUGUUCAUUUCAGUAGUGCCUUGUGAAAUGUCUACUACUCAACUUAAUGUUCAUGACCAUCUGUUGUCAGCAGAUCAAAUGAAAUGCAUGCCUGGCUUGUUGAUUUUCAUUUCAUUGCUGCAGUCAAACCAACUGGUAUCCCUGACAUUCUGACAUUAGUUUCAUCUGUUUCUUUGUAUUUUUCACUGUAUAGUAAGACUAAUACUACUACAAGUCAGCCACAGCCAAGCCAGGUCAGGUCAGAGCUGCUCUGCUACUGCUCGUGCAAAUUUUGGCGAGGAGUUGCAAUCCACCAAGAUGCAUCUAUCGCAUUGUAUAGCCAAUAUAGCAUCUAUGCUAUAUGCAUAGAUGCUAUCUAUCUAUGCAUCGAUGCAUCUAUCGCAUUGUAUAGCAAAUUUCCUGACCUUGUAGUGGAGCUUCCUCUAUGAAUCAUCCAGGCCUCUUGGCGAAGUUUAUGAAUAAAUAAAUAAGUAAAUAAAUAAAAAAUGUAGUAAUAAUUAAUAAAUUAUGUUCUUGUUAGGGCCCUCCUGGUCCCCGUGGUUCACCUGGCUCAGAUGGAACACCAGGACGAAAGGUAGAAUUGACAGUUUUCAAUACUGAAUUAUUACUCAUCAUCAGAAUGCUGCAGAGUUUGUACUUAAGCUCAGUUUAUUUUGUCCAAAGCAGCGAGCACAAACAAGAUGCCUUUACCAUUGCAAUAUUAUUAUUAUGAUCGUCAUAAAAGAGGUGAAAUACUCUAGCAAUUUUUUAUAACUAUUGCCACAACAAUAAUUGGUCCUACAUGUUGCAAUUUUAUUGCAACAGUGUAUUUACAGCAUCAGGUGGUUUCUCUACCACGUUUUACUUUUUAAUUCCGUUUUAAAUCAUACAGUUUGUUUCACAGAGGUAACGAGAAAUUCCAUUGGAUAGACUAGUGGGAAGACUGAUUGGACUGAUUAGCAUGAACAGGGCAUUGUAUUGAAUGAUAACUGUUAUUACUAUACAGGGAGCAACAGGAGCCCCUGGAGAAAAUGGAUACAAUGGUGCAAAGGGAGACAAGGUAAAUAUUUUUGUUAUCAUAUAGUUGGUAAUCUGCUUGUCACACAAGGCUAUGCAUGCUUGUUUCCGGCAACAACAGGAGCCCGCAAUCCUUAUCUCCAGGUUGUUAUUAUGCAUGUGUCGCAUGUAUGUAGGCAGCAUUCGUUUGGACUUCCACCAGGAAUGAAUGGAAUGCACAUAAACGCAAUUUGAUCAUGCACGUUUGGACCUUCUAUCACUCGUAAUCUGAUCACGAGUGUUUUGACCAUCUGUCACGUGAAACUUAUGCAAAGCACAGUGUUGGAGCAAAAGCGUUUUGACCUUCGAUCAUUGUCACCUGCACUCCGUUACCUUUGGUUAUUACUAGUUUUAGUCAUUAUGAGUAAGAACUUGCAGUUAAUAAUACAAUACGAUAACGCAAAGAUUUAGUUGGAAUUUACAUAGUCAAUACUUUUGGCGUAAUACACCUGAAGCCAAUGAUAGUGAGGGUUUGACUAUUAUUUCAAUAUUAAGUUCCAAAAUGUAGCAGAAAGCAAGGUCUGCUACUUACAGAACAUUAAUUUCAACACAACACUAUAACUACUGGUAAUACAAAGACUGUAAGGUGAGCAGGAUUCUUAAGUACAUAAAUGCCUAAAAGUUGACUAUUAUUCAGAGUGUGAUUUAAAGAAAGUGAAUUCCCUAAUGAAAUACAGGACACCUUACUCACUAAAUGCCACAAAGUUUAAGCUGCCAGUAUUACUUUGAAGACUAGUGAACAGUUUUAUUCCACAUUGUAGCUUUUAAGUCAUAGUAAAAGGGAUAAUUAUUUUUUAUAGAUUAGUCAUGAAUCUUGUUUCUUUCAGGGAGCAGCUGGUGAUCGGGGCCAGCCAGGACGACAAGGAACCAAGGUACCAUAAACAAUAUCCUGUUUGUAAUUAUAAUUACUUGUGAAUGUGUUGCUUUGAUUGUUGUGUCAAUCAACAUUCAUUUGAUAGCUUUUUUUAUGUAGUGGAAAAAUAUGAAGAACAGCUAGUUCUGAAAGGAAUGACUUUGCUUUUCUUUGAAAUGCUUAGGAGUAUUUUUUACUGACAAUAAAAUUGUUCUAUAUGGGUCUUGUUGCUGAGCAGCCAACAGGUACUUAGAAAUAUAGAGGAAAGUAAAUAUGCUUGAGUGCCUUUUGGCUUCUGAUUUCAAAGCUCCCAAAAUUUUGAUGAAUUUUUGUGCCUUUUAAGCUUCAAAUGAUUUUAUGGGAUUUUCCACAUUAAAUGCUCACUUUUGACCACAAAUUUUGUGGUCAAAAGUGAGCUUGCAGUUGGUAGACAAGAAAAUAUUUGUGUAAAUAUUAGCGUAACAUUUGGCUUAGCCCUGGAGUAAACUUAACUAUAUUUGAGUAAUUAGGCCAGGACUGUUCCUGCCUCAGGAUCCCUUGAAAACAGACUUGCAGAAAUUCUUUAAUUAAAAUGUUGUUAGUGACCAUUGUUUUGUCUUUAAAAGUCACAAUGUUAUUUUGACACUUGCAAGUAUCGCAGCUUAUUCUCACUUAAUUUCGUGAAAAAUCGUCAGUCAUAUUUUCUGAGUAAUUUUAAUUUGGCGAUAGGGAAAGGUAGAAUUGGAGUGUAUUAAAUUUCGUGAUUUUACUAUUCUUUAAUAUGUGAAGGUAACUUUGACCUCUGAAAAGUAACAUCAGAAUUGAUAUUUUUAUCGUAAACAACGGCAAACAUACCCUGGCUCCAGAGGUCCAUUCUCAAAAUACCCAAGGUUUUCAACAGUGUAAAUAGGUACCCGAAAAAUCUGCACAGCAAAUAUUUGCACUCUGAUAAACUUGUUCUUAAUUUUCUGUAGACUUGCUGGAAUAACUAAUAAAGGAACAGCUUGAAUUUCGUUAUUUUAUGGAUAGUAUAUGUCUGGUAUUAAAUUUCAUGAUUUUAUUCUUUGCGAGUAGAAUUCGCGAGUAUUAAAUUUUUUGCAAUUUUUCCCAAAUUGAGAAAUCUAAUACUCGUGAAAUUCAGUGAGAAUCUUCAGAUUUGCAGGCUUUUUAUGGGAUGGAGUUGUUAACGUGAUACUUUCCUGUUUAGGGACCUACUGGCCAACCAGGCGUGGCAGGACGAGAUGGGAAAAAUGGUCCCCCGGUAUGUAAAGCAUCAAACAUUUCUCACAGAGAAGAGGAAGGUUUCAGGGCAGUACCAUGUGAAAAGAAAUGAAAUGGAUGAAAUAAUGAAAGAGUUUUCAAUUGAUUGAAUUGAAAACAUGAUAUGCCCUUUUGGCUGUAAAUUGAUUACUUUUUCAGUGGAAAAAACAUUGGGCGCAUUAUUAGGCAAAAUAUGCGUCAUGUACAUGUAUGAGGUAUAUUUUCCUGUACCUCGUUUAGUUUGUAGUUCAUUUAGCAGCCCAGGCAGAGGAAAAUAAUUGACCUGCAAGACACUGACUAAUUGCAACAUUGACUUUCAGGUUCAUUGAUAACUUUUUCUAUCAUUUAACCAGUAUACCUGGUUUGUUUUGUAAUAUAUUUGUGUAGAAUUAACUGUCACAGGUUUGAUAAAAAGUUAAAUCUUUGAUGAUUCAGUUUUAUUUGAAAAAAAAAUGCUAAAAAAGGCGAAAAAGUAAAACCUAGUACAUCAUCUGUCUUAGGGUGAUCCAGGAACUGAUGGGAAACCCGGAGCUGCUGGCCCUCAGGUGAGGUUCUUUUUUUAUAAUUAUUGUUUCUUCCUAGCUGUAGGUCAUGUGUUGUGAUGCACAACAUUCACAACACUGAACCAAACUGCUAUAGCAUGCAGAAAUUAGCUAGAUUUGAUUUCUGCCUGGUUGGCUUCUAUCGAAAGCCUCAGGUUUUAUACACCCAGAUAAUAUACAAAUGAAUAUUUGUAUAUAUUUGUAUAUAUUUGUAUAUUAUAUGUAUAUAUUUGUAUAUAUAUUUGUAUUUAUAUUUGUAUAUAUUUGUAUAUUUGUAUCUGGACCAUGCAAGAAUUUGCUGAUACUUCCCAAAAACUUACCUAAAGAUUCUACUGCCGAUUUGAGAGAGAGGAGACUAACGUACCAACUCCCGCAGAAGUCUUGAAAAAAACUGGGAUGGGUUAGGGUUAGAAAAAAACCUGGUUGUUUUGGCUUUUUCUUGAAAGAAGCCAGUCUUUAAAGGGUCUGUCAUGGCUGUCUAGUUCGUUGUUUCAAUAUUGCCAAUUAAGCAACUUUAGUCGUUAUGGAACUCAAUGUUAGUAAAGAAACUGCUGGCGAAUAACAGAACCACAGCUUCGUGUCAAAGAAACACGUCUUGCAAGCAUUAUAUCAAACGUUACAAAUAGCACAAAUGAACUUUGAAAGACUGUUAGCAGGAUGCAAAGAAAGUCAUUUUCACAGCUUUCCAUUCGGGCAAGCUGAAGCUAACAUUUACCAGCCCAAACAUCAUUUCAACUAGCCCCAAAAACGUUUUGAUGAGCAGAUUGAUUUCACAGUUCCUCUGUAAUUUGAAUUCCUCAAAAAAAUUCACUUACCCGUCGGACAAGUUAAUAACAGAAUUCUCUAGCCCGAUACCAAAAUCCACCAGCCCCGGGCUAUCGGACACUACUUUCUUUGCACGCUGUGUUAGACUAACAAGUUUUCAAAAGCCACUCUUAAAAUCCGUUUUAAGUAAUGAUCCAGGUAAGAAGGAAAGCAAUUUCUAUUGUUUUGGCGCAAUACGCUUUCCUCACAUAGAAAUGUUUUCAUUUUUACGCAGAGAGUGCAUAAAUCUACAAAAAGGCUGUUUACGAAAGAAAAUGUAUUUAAACUCCACUUUUAAAGGGUGUAUUUUUGUGUUAAAACAUUUCGACCAAUCACAAGAGUUGCAAACAAUGGCCAAGAAAUGUUUUCAAUUUUACAUGAUCCGCACAUACGAUUUCUGUGUUACUUAGACUCAGACGAGAUUUUGUUAUAAGGAAGUUGGAUAGAAAAAAAGGAUUGAUGUACAUGCUGCUUUGCGAAGAUUUCGUAAAAUUUGAUGUUUAAACCAAUCAGAACCUUAGUAGAGACAAUAGUAAAGUUAGCACCUUUUUGCAUUCCGACGUGUUCACUGCGUUUUGGUCCUUUCCUUCUUAUCUGGACCAUUACUUAAUCUUCUUCAAAGUUGCCUUCUUUUGUAUUUUAUGUGUUGUUUAUGCCUUCUUAUGUUUUGAGCGGUUAAUUGUUUUUGAUGAAUUUAGUGUCACAGCUCCUUUAAAAACAGUUGACUGAUGAUGUGGAUAAUGUGAAUAACAUUAGUUGUUAUCUGCACCUUUAGGGAGCACCUGGUCAACCAGGACCUAGUGGAUUGACAGGAGCAAAAGGAUCAAUGGUCAGUAGACAUAUUGCUCAAAUGUGGAACUAUUCACACGAUCUGUUGGGUUCCACAGUCAAUACAUUUUUCCAAAUGGUUUUAUCAAAGUACCUCAUUUAAAAAUUCUUCAUGCAAUGUAUCAUUAGUAGACUGUAUCUUGUAUGAGCCACAGUUGAUGAAUUGUACCUUACAGCGAUCAUUUACAAUCACUGGUCAAUAAAGAGUUACUAUGCAGAAAAACUUUGUCUUGUAUAAAAUUAAUGUUUUGGUUUUUAAGACCCAGGCAAAUCAAUAUACCUGCUCAAAAAGUACCUACGUGUAGAUUUUCUUCCCGAAGUUCAAGUUGUAUACUCUGAACAUUUGUCCUCAGCAUGUUAUCUUAUUCUUAAAGCAUAAACCAGGUUGCCAAUUUUAUGUCAAGUUUGCUUAUUAUUUGAAGUACCGGUCCAAUUUAUAAAACAUUCUGUUUCUUAGGGUGAACCUGGUUCUGAUGGAGACCCUGGGCCGCCAGGACAGCCGGGAGCAAAGGUGCAGAGAAUCUCACACUUCCGUCUUUAGAACUAGUAUUAGUAUUGGUAUUGGUAUUGGUAUUGGUAUUGGUAUUGGUAUUAGCAUUGGCAUUGGCAGUACUAUUAGUAUUAACUAUUAAUAUGGUGUUGGUGUUGGUAUUGGUAUUAGUAUUAGUAUUGUUGUUGUUAUUGGUACUGGUAUUAGUAUUAGUAUUGGUAUUGCAUUAUUAAUGGUACUGGUAUUGUAUUAGUAUUAAUAUUUUUAGUGUUAGUAUUAGUUUUAGUUUUGGUAUUGGUAUUGGUAUUGGCAUUUGUGUAAGUAUCGUUUACUAGGUAAGUAUUUGCAUGGGUUAUAUUGGUAAUACAAUAAUGGUAGACCAUUCAUUUCAGUGAACAUACAGUAUAAUGCAUUAAAAUAUUUAUUUAGGGUGAGACUGGAAUAACAGGAAGACGUGGACUUACUGGUACCCCAGGAAAACAGGUUUGUUUGUAAUUACACUGUUCCUGGAGUUUUAGCCAAGAGUGUACAUACAGUUGACAGUUUCUCAUUGGGUUUGUCGUGCUUGAUUGAAGCCAGUGCUUCAAUGAAUAAUGUUAAGUUACUGGAAAAGUGAUUUCAAAAACGAAGCCAUAGCAUGAAAUCUACACAGCAUUUGUUUCUACUAACAUGCAUGUAUAUGGUUUCUCAUAGUGCUGUUUUUAACAGACUUUUCUCCCUAAGAUAACCCCCUUAAAAAGGAUGUACUACCCAGAUUUUUUGCAAACUUAGCAGGUCCUGUUUCUAUUACCUUGUAUGCUAUAGAUCUGGGGUAUGGCGUGCUAAAAAUUUCCUUUUUACAAAGGAAAUAUGUCUGCAAGGCUCAAAAAGUGUCCUUUCCAGUCAUUUGUGACAAGGAGAUUUUCUUGUUGGGUAAAUAAUGUCUUGACCUCUCUUUGUCUGUUGGAAAAGGGUCCCUGUGUCUGACCAUGAGGUUAUUGUUUGGCUUAAAAUUUCUUUAAGUACUGUACAACUCUUCAGCUUCAAACUGAUUGUUUCUGGUUUUCUGUCUUGUUAUCGUGUCCGACCUCGGGUAGGUUUUCCUUGGACGUGUGCAAAUCUCAGUCCAAUGAUACUGGCAUUCAUUUGCAGCAUGAUAUGUGGUAAGAUAUUAAUUGACUGCUUUCAAAUUACAGGGUCGACAGGGUGAAAGGGGUGAACGAGGAGCCACUGGACCACAGGGUCCACAGGUAUGCGUAACAAUCAUUGAUCAUAGAAUAUUUUUAACAAAUAUUUUAAAAAUGAUAAACCGGUGAGCAGCACUUCUGAGAACUUCUUGAGUUAAAAAUGCAGGCCCAAAUACGUUAGAAAUAUGUCACACCUUUCCUAGACGUGCAAGCACGAGGUUUGCAGUUCCUAUACGCAAAUCCGUAGGUGUUUUGUGUUCAAUGUAAACUUCAGUUCAUUGUUGGGUAUAUAUACAGGUACUCUUAGUUGCAUUAUAAAUCUUCUUGAUGAAGUGUGCGCUAGUCACGCGAAACGCGUAAGAGACAAUAAGUAAUUGGACGGUACGCGCCGUCGUACGCGCGCACUUAAAUGGAUUUUUUUAACUGCUAACAAAAAACUCUCGGAAUUUUUUGUGUUUUAAUUAAAAAAAGCCUAAAAUGUCACAAAUUUUGUUAUAGUUAUGAUUAAUAACAGAACUUCGUGUCGUCCAAAUCGGUCUGUAAUCAAAGUCGUGAUUACACAGAUCGGACGAUUUUGUUAUAUGAUUACAGACCGAAUUGGACUCCACUUAGUAAGAGAGUGGGGGGCUUAUUAACUUUUUUCGCCUGAAAAGGGAGGACUUAUUAGAGAGGGGGAGUUUAUUUGACAGAGGGGCUUAAUAGAGUAUUUACGGUAUUUUUUGUUUGUAGGGGAAUACAAUUUUAAACCAUUAGUCAGACCUUCUCCCUGUCUUUGCUAAAUUAACUUUAUUUAAACAUAGGGACAACCAGGUAACCAAGGACCACCAGGCUUGCCAGGAAAAUCAGGAGAGACGGUAAGUGUUUAAAAAGAUGAAAAAUGGUAACUUUUCUCCUCCCCACUUAGGUUUGAACAGUGACUAAAGCUUUCUCAUAACGCAAGGCAGUGCAAAUUCUUUCCUCAACUUUAAGAGGUGCUAAGAACCACUUAUUGUGUAAUUUUCUUGCAUAUUAUAUAACCCAUUUCAUUCUUAUAGAUAUAAUUUAAGUUUAUCUGGACCUCUGUUGAUAUCAGCUCCAGUCUGACUGCAAAAGCCCCAAGUCCUAGAUAAUUAUUAGCAAAAUUUAAUAAUGAAAUAAAAUAUAUUAAACUUACCAGUCCUCAAAUGCGGCGCUUAUUCGGUAUUAAUUUGGAAGUUGGACACGAUAAAACAAUUGUUUUAACAACGCUUUUUUUUUCAGUAUUUCCCGUAUUAAACUAAUAAAAUGUGCGUCUUUUGUUCUCUAUCAUAUCAGAGCAGCCGCUUUUAUUCUGGGGUGGCGCUUAUUAAUUUUAUUGUCCCAAAUGCAGCACUUAAUCGGGGGCGGUGCUUAGUACAGCAAAUACGGUAUGGUAUCAAAUUAAUGCUUUCUCCAUCCUCUUAAGGGAGCACCUGGUGAGAGUGGAGCAGAUGGAACCCCUGGCUCUCGGGUAUGUACUGUAGUACUCAGUGAUUUUGUUACAAAUAUCAGUGAUUUUGUUAUAAACAUCAUCAUCCAGAGUCGCUGAGUCCCAGUUAAAAAAAAGAAACGAGUCCAAAAUUGAAGAAUGGUUGGGCCUUUAUGUAAACAGACAGUGAAUCUGAAAACAGACUCCGAAACUCAUUACUACAGUAUACAAGCAAGUCCAGUUUGUAGGACUUUCUUUGAGAGCUUACAACAAAGAGUUAUCAAUUCGCAAAUGAAGAAAGCCAAACUUAUUAGAGUAAGGCAGCAAGGGUGUAUUAGAGAACUUUGUACAACCUGCAGUAAGUUUUGUCUGCUUGGCAAGUCGCACACAGGGAUGGGUUCUGAUAUGGUAUUAAGCUGCAAUUUUCAAUGCAACGUUGCUUGGCAAUUUGUAAGGAUUAUGCUGCUUGCAAUGCAGCAUCUUAGAAAAAAUUAUAUGUAAAAUGUCUUUCAUGCAUUGAAAAUAAAAUUCUAGAGUAUAAAAUUUAGUAUUUGCAUUGAAAACUACAGUAUGUUCUGAUUAUAUUUCUUUUGUUGUAGGGAGAACGUGGUCCACAGGGAGAACGUGGGGCUCAAGGCGUUAUUGUAAGUUGGAAUUUUUUCCUGCAAGUUAUGUUUUUAAUUGCCUUCCUUCUCGAAAAAUUACAAGUGUUUUUUGAUGUGACCUAGAUAGAAACUGUAAGUCGAAGCUCAUAUCAUUUAUGCGCUUAAUGCAAUAACAUGCGCUACACAUUCCUGUAGGUGGUCUUAAUGGACACAAAAGUGUCCAGAGUCCAGAGAAAUUGAAUGACACUACACUGUGCUUGUCAGAAAACUGCUUUUGUGAGGUUUGACCCAUUCCAAGGGCUUGAUUUAAGGCCCCGUUAAGGUUAGCCUGCAAGCUAGCCUGUGAGCAAGCUCUCCUAUUUGUUCGAGAGAAGCGAGACGGGAGAGAACGCGCGAGCGAGGACUUUUCUCCAGAAGUCACGUAAGAGUUGCACACAAACACGCGAAAGGAGACGCAAGUGCAACCGCCGCUCACUCGCUCGCGUGUUCCCUCGCGGCUCGCUUUGCUCACCACAAUUGGAGAGCUUGCUCGCAGGCUAUGUACAUGUAAGGCUAAAAGAAAAAAAGUGCCUAACAAGUGCAACAUAACACAUUUACGAAAUGACAUCAAACGACACAAAGAUAGGUUAAGACUGUGCCGGUGAGGAAGGCAAGCACAGAUAUAUUAGUAGAAGACUGACAGGGACUCCUCCUCAUUAUGUGAAACAGCAAGUCUUUUUAUUCUGGCUAGAGACGUAUCAUCCCCUUCUCCUUCCACCAGAAAAGAGGUUCUCUUAAUUGGGUUACCUGUUUUGUUGUGAAUUACAGGGUGCGCCUGGAGAUCCUGGUGAAGCUGGUCUUCCUGGUGCUGAUGGCAAAGCUGUAAGUUGUUGCAGGCGAAAACAUUGUUAUUUCUUGUGGGAAUUAAUAGAAGUUUGUGUUGUCUCAUUCAUAAUGGACUUUCAACGUGUUCCUAUUAAUAAAUGCUGUUUGACUAAAACUUUGUUUCAGUGUUUCUACUUGGUAUAAGUCUUCUUGAAAUGCCAAUUGACACCUGUAUUCUUUCAUUUACUAGUGUGUACUGAUAAGUCGUAUUUCUCUAAGGACCCUCUCCUCUGUUGAUAACACUACUUACACUUGCAUUCUUUUUUAGGGUGAGAGAGGUCUUUCUGGCCCCCCUGGUCCCCCGGGAACUCCUGGUCUUGCAGUAAGUAUUCACUGCCUAAAUUUUUGUUUUCCAAAUAUCCAAGGAUAUAAAAUAGAACCUUGUAAAAGUCCCGCCAAAGAACGUUCAUUUCAAUGUCAUACUGUUUCGUCCACAAAUGCAGAAGUUAGAAUGACAAAUCAUCUCGCUAUAACUUGGUCUACAGGGCUGGUUUAACCAUCUCAUUUCCAGAAGUGGAUAAAGUCAAAACUCAACAAAAAUUUCAAGUUUCAAAUAGUGAAAUGCCGAAAAAUAUUAAAUAAAUAAAACAAAAAUAAACUGUAGCUACUUGCAGGUCUUCAAGCAUCAGUCAUUUAAUAACUUAUGAUAAUGGGAAUGACGAAAACGAAUAGCAUUGUUUAUAUCAAUUUUAACAUCUCAAUAAACUCGAUUGAUUGAGUGAUAUAUGACUACUGUGCACUGCUUUUUAGGGACUGCCAGGAAUGCAGGGAACACAAGGUCCUCCUGGCGCUAAAGGAUCCAAGGUAUGUAGAAGGCUAAAAGAAGGGAUAACAGAUUAACACAGUAUGCAAACGCUCUGUGCAGACUAAUUGCAUGUAUUUGUAUAUCACCACUUACCAUUUGCAAGAAGUGUAAAAUGAUGUUACAUCAUUGUGAUUGGCAGUUUUUAACACGUCAUGAACAUUCGAAGAAAACCAACAAGGGAGGAAAACAUUUGAUGUUAUUUUUCCAUUUCAUUAACCCUUUCGCCCCGAAAACGCACUUAACCGCCCGUGCAGAUCCAUGCCCCUUCUACUGCUUGUGACGUUAUCAGUUUUAACGGUCAAGCACAGCUUUGUCCGCUAACUUGUGCAGGGUGAAGAGAUCUUUCAAUCCAUACCAGAAUAGGCAUGAUUCAGUCAAAGAGGCCGGAGAAAAAGGCAAAAACCGUCUGACAUUAUCCUGAAAAUUUCCAUGAAAAUCGUUCCAAAAACUUUCCGAAAAACGUUUCCGAACAAAAUGAAGCCUGCGUAAUGCCCAGCAAAAGAAAAAAUGAGGCAAGAAAAGUGAAAGAAGAGGGGAGGAGAGAAAGCGAAAAGUAAAGGUCAAGUCUGCUGUCUCACUUGUAAACCCAAAUUUUGCUUUCUGCGCAUGCCCGAACUUUCCAAGCUAAUAUUAUGCAUCUAGAUCAGAGAAACCGCAAAGUGUACUACCCGCAAACGGUUUUAUGGUAAGUUUUUGCUUUUUAGCAAGGCAGUGACCAGAAAACCGCUCCACUAGCUUCAAAACGCGCUCUUCGGCAAAAUUUCCAGUUAUUCAACUAUCAUUGUCAUUGGUUGUCAGCAAUUAAACUGAGCAUUUUUUUCUUGAAAUAGCUGCAAGACUGGAAUAUGUGACUGUCUAAGCACUAAGAUGAAAUCCAUUUGUUUAAAGAGUUUCGAACUGAAACUUGUGAAGUUUAUUACAGAAACGAAUGAAGAACUUUUUUGUAGCUGUCACAAAAAGGCUUGGACAACACGGUUGUUUGAAUGACUAUCCUGUGGAAAUUGUUAUUGGUAGAACUUCUUUGCCCGAGUCAAGGUCACAUGAAUGAUAGAAAGUUUUCAAACUGAUAAACGAUGUUCCUUGAUGUUUUAGGGAGAUCAAGGAAUAGCUGGAAAUCGUGGAUCAUUUGGAAAGGAUGGAGAACCUGUAAGUUUUAUGCAACGACCGAUUUAAUCCCUGGUUAGCCUAACUUCCAUUUAGAUACUGUGCAUCAAACUAACCACAAACUGACGUACAUUCCUUCUUUCAAACAGGGACGAGAUGGAAUGCCUGGUCCUCCUGGCCCACCAGGUCCACCAGGAGAAAAGGUGAGAUUACUGCCUUGGUAACAUAGAGGCAAACAGUAAAAGUAAUUGUUUUUAAUUACCUUUCACUCCCAAGAGUGGCCUAAUACUUGUUCAAACUGCCCCGUAUUAAGUGUGGCACAGAACCUAUCCGAUAUGUGACCCUCUCGAGUAGCUUUGCUUCGUCGGUUACAGAAAUUGUAUCAAAAUCACCAUUCUUAUGUGUGAAAAAAAGCCGUAUCCAGUAUUGUUUUCGUGCUGAUACAAAAGCUAUCUGGUAUAAUGCAAACAUAAAGCCUUAGAGUAAAAGGGUUGACUAGUGGGUGUUAAGAAUAUAGACGGGGACGGAGUAAAGCAGUGAAAAGAGCAAGUCAUGCGAGGUGCCAUUUUAGUGUAAAGAGGGUUCAAAAAUGUAUUAAACAUAAUUGUGAACCUCUUGUAACAAUUGCACAUUUGGUUUCAAUAAUGAUACCGAUAGAAGAAGCCUUUCUGUCAUUUUGGGUAGUUUUUACUGGAAAUUACCAGUAUAAGAUUAACAGAGACAAUGAUUAGAAAAAGUAGAUCAAUUGAUAGUAUUAUGCAAAUGCAAAAGGAGAGUCAGAAGUGCAAGUACAGACUGCACUCUCUUUCACAUCUCCUUGUUCUCGCUCCAGGUAUGGGAAACCGGUAAAUUUUUGCUUGUAAAAUCAGGAAUCUGGAAUACAGUUCAAGAAAUGCGGAAUUCCAGUAAUGAUUGGAAUCCGUAAUCUAGGCUCCUCAAACAAAGACUGUCUUGGAUUUCCUUACAUGGGGUGACUGUUCCCUCGUGUCUAAGGUGCGGAACACAUCAGGUUUUUAAGAUAAAUCACUAAGUCUUCUUCCGUUUUCCUUACUGUAAGGGUGAAGAUGGUGUUCCAGGAACAGAUGGUAACCCAGGAAAUCAAGGCGACACAGUAAGUUGUCUUCUGGUACCCAUCCUCUUGUUUUUUUAAUCUUCGUGAUACAGAUAAACGGUUAAUAUUUUGAUAUUAUCUUAUUUCAGGGACCUCGUGGUUUGCCUGGAAAUCCAGGACCACCUGGAAGACCUGGUGCAUUGGUAUGUUGGUAUAGACCACUUCAAUAAUCUAGCUCUUGUUGUUUUUGAGGGAAUUGCUCAUGGGUGUGCAGGUGGCAAACAUUAAAAAAGAAAGCCACGAAAACAUCGCUUAAAAAGUGACUUUGCGUCCUUUGAAUCUCUAUCACGAUUAUUCCAACUUGUUUACUGUGUCAAAUAAAUGCGAACUCUUCUGUAGCCGAAUUCCUAACAGUCAUAUCCAAGGUUAGAAAAAGAAAGAAAAUUUGGUCCUGGCUUGUUUGCGUCCACUUUAAGACGAAAAAUUGUAGUCGUGCAGUGACGGUAAAGAAAUGUACAGAAAAGUGUGCUGCACGUGCAAAGUGUUUUUUUGCCUUCUCAGCCUAUUCCUUUUUUGACGUUUUCGUCGUCGCAGGAAAUUUUGGAUGACAGUUGAGAGAAGGGACGAGAAAAUCAUCUGGGGCUAGUUGUUCAAAAGGUGGAGAGUGCUGUCCACUUGAAAAAUCACCAUCCAGUCUGUGAUGCAAUUAUUUUCCCCAAUUAUUAACCCUUCACCUGGACCAAUGUUGUUUAACCGGGAACUUCUUUCCUUUUGAAAAUGUAGGGACCUGGAGGACCCGCUGGACCUCAAGGACCUCGAGGACCACGUGGUGAACCGGUACUGUAAACCAAUACAUUAUUUGUGAUACAUUUUUCUUUCCCCAGCAGCAUGACUUGACGCUGAAGGAGGGGGAAAUACAAGGAGCUUUCUGAGCUGUUCAAAACCCAGUUUCUCUUUUUUUGAGGGAGUCGCUGGGAGAAGUGACACGUUGAGGAUCAUACCACUUCUAUAUUUUCGCUGCUUGAGAUCAAUUUGCAUUUGGUGACAGAUUUAACUUAAGGACACAAAAUGGGACAGUGAUACCCAGUAUGACUGGUGUAAUAUUCUACCCUGGGUUCUGUUAUUCAUGACAUGGUAGUAAGGUAUGGGAAGCGCUUUGUCCACGGACAAGCCAAGGCCGGCAAAAGUAACAACGUAGACGAUCAAUCCCCAACUUACUCGAGGGAUGGGAGGGUAGGUCGCCAGCCACUUCGCUGUCGGGCCUCGACUAGAGUGCUGGGGUGAAGCACGUGUAACCUCUUUUAUAGUCUUAUUUGUAUCGUCCCCAGGGCCCAGUUGUUCGAAGGCCGAUUAGCGCUUAAGCCAGGGUUCUCUUUCUUGUGUUCAAAAGCAUUUUCUCGGAAAAUUUUUUCUGUUAUAUUUAGAGCUUUCAAUCAUCAACUUGUAGACAAAAAGAAUUAAAACUGAAAUUCUUUUUAGCUUUCAAAUCUGAAUUCAAAUCUGGCACUAACCCUGGGUUAUCUUAACCCGGGUUUGAACAACUCUGCCCAGGGUAUUAAUUACCAGUGCAAAUUGAGUUUGCAUAGUAACCUUCUUUUCGUUGUUCAGGGUGUGAAAGGACCUGCAGGCCCACCUGGACGACCGGGCCCCACAGGAACAGCCGUGAGUAAUAUUGCUACUUAUAUAGAGAUUUAGCCAAGGCCGAAAGUGAAGCUCUCGAGCGAUGCUUUAAGAAAUGUCUUUCUCAAGUAAUUCAACUUUUGCCGUAAGCAGAAUGCAAACUUAUUUCUACCUCAAAAAAUGGACCUGAGACCACGAUCAGGGGAAGAAACGCGUGAAAAGGCCCUAAGAAUGUGUGUGUGUGUGCGUGUGCGUGCAAGGAUAACGGAAGGAGGCUCUCAGCAUUCUAAAGGUUGAUUUCCCCUUCGCGUAAUUUUUCCGUGCAAACUCACCUAAAAUUUAGGCGCAUGAAUGAAAUGAAGGCAAUGUAUAGAAGGCCACGCGUAAACGUGAAAGUUGAACCUCGCUCAAGUUUUACGUUUACGCGUGACCAUCCACACCUUGUCUCUACUUUAUUUACGUACGCACGUAAAAAUCACGCGACAGUGGAAAUCAACCUUCAGGUACCAUUACUGCGGCCAAGGUGUUACCCUAAAGAAAUUUCUUGACGAAGCCAUCCGAAUACUUUAAUUCUUGGAGUAUUUGUCUAAUUUUAGUAAAGUGACCAAGUGACAAACUAUGAGUGCCUACAUUUCUUUUUAUUAGCCUUCCAAACCUGUGUUAUUAAACUAAAGUAGACUGAUAGAGGUUCUCAGAUGAAACAAGCCAUUUAAACAACAACAAGAACAUUUUCAACUAGCCCUAAGCUUAUGGGUUGCUGAUACAGUCGAGCGAUGAUGUGGCCAAAGAAAAGGUCCUGUUAAACCGUAGCUUUUGUGACAACCUUACUAACUCUAAAGUCCCUGUAUUACUAUUACCCUGAAGGAAACAAUUUCAUUACCUUCUACGGCAUGGCUCUUAUUACGAUGUACAUUAAUAUGUCUGUUCUCCACAUUUUUUGCUGUUGAUAGGGUCAAAUAGGGCAAACUGGAUACAAGGGAAUGCAAGGAGAUCAAGGCCGACAGGUAACAUCAAAAUUUAUUUUGUCAGGAAACUGUGACAAAAGGUGGAUUAAAACGCACCAAUCACUUUAAGAGCCUAGCCACUAGAGAGAUUUUGAGUCACUUUUACGGCGAAGGUGAAUGUGUACCACAUGACCAAAUUUUCCCUUAACUUGUGCUUUACUGUUGGCUUCUACCCCAAAAUUGGUAGCUUUAAUUUAGCUUUGUCUCGGGUAGGGAAUAAGCUUAGUCCGGUUAAGUAACCUUUGUUCUUUUCACAGAAGUCUUACUCAUGGCUGUAAAUUUACUCUCUUAUCUCUAGGGAUCACCCGGAAUGCAAGGAACAUCUGGAAAACCUGGAGCAGCUGGUCCACCUGUAAGAACUUUAUUUAUGCCGUCCUCUUUCUCGACGAUACGAUACGUUACGGAUCGUGAUACGUUACACGAUACGAUAGUUAACUGUGCAGGGCUAGACUAGCUCUAAUUGCUUGUGGGUACACAACUGAUUUUUAGUACUGUAUUUGAAUUUCAUAUCCCGUAAAUCCUCUAUUAAGCCCCCCGGUAGGCUUAUUUAUUUCAAACACAUUUAAGGAGGGGUGGGGAGGGGCUUAUUUGAGAGGGAGGGCUUGUUUAAUUUAGUAAAGGCGAUGGUAUCAAUUCUCCUUAAAAAAUAAGAAUACAAAGUGGAAAAGCUCAAGUGUAAGAAAUUGGAGGUCAUGCAGCUGAGGAUCAAAGACAAAUGCAAACUUCCAGUUGGUGAAUACACCAUCCCGGAUUAGUCCACACCAAGUCGUGAUUGAUCAGUACAGUCCAUCAUUAGUUAGUGAAGAAUAAUCAGGAAGUGGAGAGGGGAGGGGGGGUCCAUUAACUUUCUUCCCCUGAAAAGGCAUGUGGGGGGGGGGGCUUAUUUGAGAGGCGGGGCCUAAUCGAGGAUUUACGGUAGUGGAAUCGCCGAAUGAAGAAAUAAAUCAUCGCAGGGUUAAAUUCAAACAUCAGUGCGCAUUUUUUAUAGAGGGAAGAAUUUUAAACCAUAUUUAACUGUACAGCAUGCUCCGGUGUGUAAUGGGAAUCAGUGUUGUUUUAUGUUAAAAUAUUGCAUUGAAUUUUGGGAAUUUUAGUUGUGGCGAGUACAACUGAUUUCGUGAUUAUAUGAAAUCGCCAAAAUAUGUCGGAGAAAGUUACAUCUAACUGCAAUUUAUGCUUAGCGUUUUUUAUUUUUGUUGAAUUCUUGAUUCGGGGCAGUCGGUUUGACUUGGGUAAAGUUAUCAGCUGUAUUUUUCUGUCUUGUUACCAGGGACCUCCAGGACCAUCCGGACCCCCAGGAAGAGAUGGCGCAGAUGGACAAAAGGUGAAAAAUUAUUUGUUGUUGUUGUAAUUUUUGGUCUAAUUUUUCAUCUUAUUUCUUCUAGUACUGUUUAGUAUUAACCAAAUCAGUGGAUAGCAAUUUUUAGUGCGUUUCGAUUAGCUCCUAUAACAAAAUGGCGUCUCGUUUGGCGACAUUGUUGGAAGAUAAAAUUUUAGUAAUAAAUGAAACAAUUGUGACAACAAAUACCAAGAAAGCGAGGAACCUUGUCUUGUAGAUGUUAAGUGGUACUUGACAAGAUGCCCUUUGGGUAACAACUCACAUACGCCCAAGGUAGAUUUUAUAUUCGUCAUCAAGCACGGUGUAAAACUUGGCGUGCACAAUUUUAGUCACAUUUUCCGAUGACCACCUGUAAUUUGUAGCGCUGAAAAAAAAUAACAUUUUAGUUUCACAUUUAUCCAGCUGACUUGCUAAUACCAACUAUUCCCAAGUAUCGAAUUAAAUCUACUAAGGAACGCAUUUGAUUCAAGCUGUAUAUCCAACAAAUUAUUUCCUCCCAGUUACUUAAAGGGACAGGUUCAUGGCUCAGCGCAUGCUCAUUUAUCAAAAUGCUGUUUUUCUGCCGUGACAUGCUGUAUCGUCUAUGCAAGCAAUAUGAUCAUGUCAUAAUGUUGUCAAAGAACCAAUCUGUACUCUCCCCUGGUAGUCACUUGCACUUGAUCAACUUAAAUAUUUGCAAAUAGCUGUAAAUUAAUCAAAUAUGGAAUAAAACCAUAGGGUCAACAAUAAAUUCAACGUUGUUAGUGUUGGCAUAAUCCACUAUUUUUUUUCCGGCGAUAUUUAGUACUCCUUCAUCCUACCUCAGGUUACUCUGAAUUCAAUUCUACUUUGAAAUACACUCUGAGAUCGCUGAGAUCCAUGUGAGUGGGAUUAUUAACGGAUAAAAUUAAUAAUAACUUGGAAAGAAGUAAUUUAAUUAAUGAGCAUGCGCUCAACUUUAAUACUUAUUUCCGCCUAGGGUUCCUCUGGAGAACCAGGUCGACCAGGCAAGGACGGUCUUCCAGGACAACCCGUAAGUAUUUUUUAUAACGUAAAUAAAUAAAUGAAGCAUCCAAGUCCAAAAACUUGUGAACAAUUAAAGAAAAGGUGCACAAUGCUUCAGAAAACGAUUACGAUUUGAACUACAUGUACCACUUGCAUUUUUAUUUUUAGGAGUCACUGUAAUGAAAAACCAGCACUAACGGUAGAAACGUUGCGAUCAGCAACAUUAACAUAUGACCGUUUUUAUACUAGAGGGCGCAUGAUGCGUCUGGACGAACCUUGCUUCGAAAUACGUCUUGAACGACGCACUACGAAAGGUAGUUCGUCUGGACGUAUAAUGCGUCUUGUGCCCGUCUUUAUACUAGAGACGCAUUCGUCAUGACGGAUAAUGCGUCCUUAGUAGUAAAAACGGGCCAAUGAGACUUGUAAACAAUAGACCUACCCAAUCAAUUCCCACGUGCACCCACCAACACUUAGGCCCGGUUCAAACGGCGAACUUUACAUGUGCCGAACCUAAUACCUAUUUAGGUCCACCCAAACUAGUAAGUUCGACCGUUGAUUCAGACGGUCGAACUUUACAUGUGCCGAACCUAACUCGUGGCGAAAAGAAAUAUCAUCCUUACUGCUUAAAAUAGCGAAAUUUACUGAAAAAAGUAAAAGUCACCAAGCCUGUAUAAUCUUGUUUUGAUUUUAGUGUGAUUUGUGUUCUGUUAUGGCAAGGAGACAGCUGAGGAGAUCGUAAAGUAACGCCAUAAAUUUUAAAAUACAUACGCGAUUUCUUUGUGGAUAUAAAGAAAAGCAACUUCUUAAAAGACCGUUUUAAGUUGUCCAGUUUCAGUCUAAAAAUCUACAACGUGACUGCUGGUAACCGUUUACGCUUCUGUGAGUUCUGUCCGCAAAGGCGCGAAAACCCAUUAAAUAGCCAAUCAGAAGCGCGGUUAUAUUGAAAAGUACGUUACAUAAUUUAUGCAUUAGGUUCGGCACAUGUAAAGUUCGACGUAUGAAUCGAAGUCGAUAUUUUGCCGUUCUAUCCGACAAGCUCAGUCGAAUAGAACGGCAGAGUCGAUCCAAAUUCAAGAGUGCCGUUCUUAAUUGAUUCAUACGUCGAACUUUACAAGUUCCGAACCUAAUAAUCAGGUUCGGCACAUGUAAAGUUCGACGUUUGAACUGGGCCUUAAUUGCAACACUUUUAACCCUUUAAGCCCUAUAAAUGAUCAGUAUCAAAUUUCUCCUUGUAAUAUCAAUGCUUUGAAGCAAAGAUUGGUGACAAGAAUUAAGGGCAUGAUCACACAACAUACUAUUAUAACGAGUUGAUACUUCAACAACGUCUCCCCGCUACGUUUUUCAGUAGAAAACGUAAAAGGGCACUAAAUGGGAAUUGAAAUUUUGAUAGUAGAGGGUAAAGGCUUAAUGAAUAAUUUAAUUAACAGAGUUAAUCUACAAUAGUUAUGCUGUAUAAUCCCUUUUGAAUUUAGGGCAAAAAUGGUGCAGACGGAGAACCUGGACCGCCUGGUCCUGAUGGUAGUCCGGUAAGUCUUUUCAAGGUUGUGGGAAAAUUAUGUAACAGUGGACACUUUGGAGAUCGGCAUUACAGUUUUGGGGUGGCAGUGAUUUUGUUACAAAUGGUUAUGGUGAGUCCUGGGACUCAUAUUGUGAAAAAUCAUGAGUCUCUGUCCAUAACCAAUGAGUCCCAGUACAAAAAAACAAGGAUUUCUAAAUUGAAAAUGCUUGGGCCUUUAUGUAAACCAACGCCAAAACUCUUUCGUACAGUUUACUGAAAUUACAAUAUAGUCCUUCUACAUAUUUAGAGCGCAAAAAAGACUAAAAUAAUAUGCAAAUUUAAACAACAGCCACAGAAAUCACGCGAACAGGAUAUUCUACCAAAAAAUCUUCAAAUCGAUCGAUGGUUCUUUGUGUCCUACGGGACGCAUGCCAUGAAUUAUUUUGCGUGUUUGAGGAUUUUUGUGCGUCGGGGACACAGAACGCAGAUGUAACAAAAUCACUGGGGUUGACCACUACGACGCAACAUGGACAGCGUUUCUAUGAAAAAGAUAAAUUUUUUAAAAAUCCCAGCUUAGGCUGCUUAAGUGAGCAUUAAGCUACACCCGCAUCGUUUUGUUUUUCGUAUGAUGAAAGUAUGGAAGCCUCUCCUGGUUUUCAAAAAUGGAAAUUUAAGUGACCUUCUUAUAACGAUAUGCAUUGCCAGCAUGGAGCAAAACUACAGUGCAGUUAGAAAAGGUGCAUGGACUCGAAAAAAGAUAACAUUACGCCGGCGCGCGUCAUAGGAUUGUGGGAAGAGGAUCUGGGGGAAUUUAACGAGAAUGCAACAUGCAUAGAACCAUAUAAGAAAUCUUUGUAUAGUUCUUGAGGUUUGUGAGGUAAUUCGUUUUCUUUGCCAUGCCAGGGUGAUAUUGGAUCUGCUGGACCACAAGGAUCAAAGGGUGACCGAGGAGGGACGGUGAGUGUGCAGAAACUCCCUUGUCAAUAGGCCAUUUUUCGGAACGAGGCUGAGUGCAAAGUUGUUAAUAUGCGUAGAGCAAGGGCGUAGAGUUUGUUAUCUUCAGUUACACAAAAAACGUUUUUGUGCUUGACCUAAUUUUGAAAGACAUGUUUUUUUGAAUUGGCGAAUGGGCCAUCUUGUUUUCGUAGUAGUCAGUUUUGAUCGUAGUAAUCAGUUCCUUGAACUUUAUUUUAAAACAUAUUCGAAAACGUAGUGUGGAAUGUGCUAGAAGAAGUUUUUGACCGCGAGUGAAAGUGUUGUUUGUGUUACUGUUGUCAAUAUUCAUGUGCCGUUUUCACCCGGCUGAACCUCUCCCUUAUUGUUGUACAUGACCAAGAAGACUAGAUAUCAGAGAGCUUUAAAUUCCCAGACGAGUACGACUACGAGUACGAGAUUUUCUCAGUACUAAAGCCUGGUUCACACUUGCGACAUAACGACAUUACUAACGACAUAAGAAGGUCGUUAUGUCGCAAGUGUGAACAUGUAGACAUAUCGACAUAACAGCAACGUAACGACGUCGACAUGAGGAAAAACUGAUAAUUUCCUUAUGCCGUUAUGUUUGUGUUGUUAUGUCGUAGACUUGCCUACAAGUCGAGCUCAAAGUUUUUCUCGAGCGUGAAGCGCGAGCGUAGAUCUUUUAUGUUUUCUGCGACCAAAGCGAGCGAGAGAGCGAGAUCUCGACUUGUUUCCCCCGCAAAAAAUCGCAUCAAGUGACGUCAUUUUGGCGCGAAGUAUUUGGCGCUCACGAGAGUGGCCGGUUCUCGUUUGCGGCCACUUGAGGUGCAAGGGUUAGAUGGCCGCUUACGACAGCUUGCCCAGUGAUAAGUAAACAUUGGGAAUGUAAGAGAGUUUCUACUGUAUGUAUUUAUUCAAAUACUUCUUAGACAGUUUAAAAAAUAUUAUGUUUCUUUUUAUUUUGUAGGGACCAACAGGGCAAACAGGACAACCAGGUGCAAAAGGCGCAGCUGGGUCUAAGGUAACUUUGGAGUAUUGAUAGAGCCUGUACUCAACUGCUUCAGUACAGUGUUAGGCCGGUGUCCGCCAAACACCGCACUUCACGAGAGCCUAACUCAAUUAAUUGCUCCCAAGAGAAACUCAAACAAUGCUUAUGCAACAUUUUGGGGUGACAAACAAAGAGCGUUAUGGUAUGUUAUGGUAUUUUCUGGACUUGUCAGUUAAGGUUGGCUCAUGUAAAGUAUGACGUUUGUCCCCAGCCUUAAUGGACAUACUAUGAGCAACACUUCUUUCAUUUCUUAGUCAUUAGUAAAAUAGAGGUUUCAAUCGACAGUCUAGGAAAAAGAGAGGCUGUUUCUAGCCUUCAGACCCCAUGUAAUAAAUUCAUAAAAAAGAAUUGUGGUUUUUUUUUCUUUUUGUGUUUAUUUUUGUAAUAUGCGCAGCCCUACAAUCCCAUAGCAGGGCAGGAAAAAAAUUAAAAGUCACCUGCCCAGUGGGCAAGUAAAUUUCUGUUUUCACUUGCCCCCACUUUAAUAUUACUUGCCCGAGAGGAACACAAUACCUUAUCAUCUAUAGUUCUAUGGUGCUGUCUAUAAUAGGUUAGAGAUUAUAACAAAGUGUAUUGGAUCACUAGUACUCAUGCCGGAUACCGAGUAACCACUGGAUUUGACCAAUAUGAUGAUCAGAGGAGUAACACGAGCAAGCGAACGUGCACUCUGAUUUUGAAUUCAUUCAUGCGUUAAACUACAAUACUCGUCACAAAUCUUGAAACACUUGUGUGAUUUUCCCCUUCCCCAAUGUUGAUUUGGGUAUUACAGUCGUCUCAGUUCUCCAAAGUAUGAGUGGCCCAACAUUGGGGAAGGAAAGGAGCAGAUUUGAGUGAGAACAAAGGUGGGAAAAGUGAAUGUAAGAAAUUUGGAGAAAAUUCAAGAAAAACAGCUUCUAUGUCAACGAUUUGUGACGAAUAUUGUAGCUGUGUCACUCGUCUUGCAGUCUUCAGUUUUGAAAUGCCCUACAUAGCACUUGAAAAUCGAAAUAUUUCCUUGAUAGCACUGGAGAGGUUUGUUUGUUUGUUUGUUUUUUUCUUUCACUGUUAUCAUUUUUUGCGCUCUUUCAGGGAGAAGUAGGUCCCCCAGGACUGAAUGGUCGAAAUGGUGAACCCGGAAUCCCUGUAAGUUUUCCCUUAAUUAUCUUUGAUAUAGCCGAGGGCAUUGUUUAGGUUAACUGCAGGCGUCAUUCCUGGUAGAAAAGUAAAGCUCAGAAUAAUAAACUGCGAAGAGAGUUAUCGGAAUUAUUUUUGGAAAAAAACCCGAUCCCUUGAUUUCUGUGACCCUGAACAAAAGGCUUUUGAUCGUUUCUCUUCUGUUUCUCACGAUAAUGUUAUCCAAACGAUGAUAAACGAGGUUGGCCGUGGUGCUAAUGGAAGAUGGGAAGUGACUUGGUGGCGUAAUUAGAAACGCAGCAAUCAUUCUAACCAAUUUAAGAUCAAAACAUGUAAAGGACAACCUCGUAAACUACAUCCUGUUUCUUCCUAAACCCUAGUAGCUGACCUACAACUACCAUUGACUCACUUUCUUUCAUACUUUUGGCACUAAUGAAGUAAAAUUUCAUUCAAGAGAUAAAGUAAAAAAGCCACGAGUAAGAACCUGGUUUUUAAGAACCUUUUAGGCUAAAAUUUGCCAAUUAGGCCCCAUCUAAACAAUAACCUGCUUAGCGCACAAUUUUAAACAGGUUGUUACUUUCUAUAGUCUAUAAAAAAGAUUCUCUACCCUUGGGCAAAUAAGAUAAGUCAACAUUCAGGAUCCUUUUUGCAGAUAUAAAUGCCUUAUCACUCCAACUGCAAUGCAAUGGUAUGCAAAUUUAUAUAUUAAAAAUAAGGUGAAUACCACUGCACUCUUAGCUACUGAUGUAUUUUUUUUCUUCAGAAAAAUAGGAACCUAAAUUUGUUCUUAUUACCUUUUAUUUAAGAACCUGUUUAGGCUAACUUGGAAAAAUACAGUUUCUUACUCAAGGUUUUAUCUUUUUCAUGAUAUUUUUAACUAAAUAAUAAUAAUAAUGAUUCCUUUGUUUCCUAAGUCCUUAACGUUCAAUGAAGUAGAGAUUUUGUUAGCACAUAAUAAAUAUUUUAUCUGUUGAUGCUGGCAACUAGGGAUCUCGUGGACCUCAAGGAGACCCAGGUUCACCUGGAGCUCAAGGAGAAGAUGUAAGUCAUUGUCAAGCACGAGUUACUUGUUGUGGACACACUGUUUACGACCCCUACUGGAGAUGGGAUCGCCCUUUUUGCCUGAAUAUUUCGAUCCCGCGAAGGUCCUAGCUGUUUGCAGGGCGAAACCACUACCCAGGGUUCUAUCUAGGGUAUUUGAGGGGCAGAAGCUUCCCCCUCCCAAAAAAAAUAUUGUUAUCAUUACAGCAUAUAAGUAACUAUAUCGGAAAAAUCAUCCAGACGUGACGAGGUCAGUGCACACGCUGUAACAUUUCUCAAAAUUGUGUCUCAAAAUGCACCAGAUUGCAUCUCAGCGAAUAUUUAUUUCAAACAAUUUCCGGGGGGAAUUCCCCGGACCCCCAAGGAAGCUCGUCGCCUUCGGCCACUGGGGACUUCUCCCCCGAAAGAUAAAUCCUAGGUAGAACCCUGCUACCCUGUUUCUCAGUUACAAUUAGCCGUACUAAGACCCUGAAUAUUGAUCCACCCAAGUAACCCUGCUGUGGUUCUAUUUGUUCGUGACACCGGUUGGAGUUUUGCUCUAGUAUGACUUUAAGAGAAACGCCCCGCUCAAUUUUUAGACAAGCUAAAGUAAAAGCUUCAUUCUGUGUUUUAUAAUCCCAUGAUUGCCCUCGUUUACAAGCCCUUUUAAACAACAUCAUAUGACCCCUGCUUAGCUGUAAUGACAACCAUUUUAACCUUACAAAGUCAUGUAUCCCAAACACCUUUAUGCGAAACUCGCAAAGUCUAUUCUUUCAGAAUCAGACUCUGCAAUAGCAGUUGUAAGUGUUAUCAGUUUAGAUAAAUGGAAGCGAAAAGGGUCAUUCCGUCAGUUUUACAACCACAGCAUAACUGACUCCAUACUCAACGUUAAUAACACUGCAGCCAUUUUAACCUUAUAUAGUCAUGCAUCCUAUAAACGUUUAUGCGAUUCUUGCAAUGCUUUACAGGGUAACAAUGGAACAACUGGAAAACCUGGUAUCCCUGGGCGCGCCGGUCUUAAGGUCAGUACAAUCUUAUUACCUCAAGGGUAAUUGAGCUGUAAACAUGUAGUCUAACAAUGGUGUGUUCUGUUUCUUGUCAGGGAGAACGUGGUUCGCCUGGAGAGUCUGGUCCCGCAGGAAAACAGGGUGAACCAGGUCUUCAGGGACCGAAAGGAGAAGCUGGACCCCCUGGUAUCCAAGGAGAAAAGGUAACUUCAGGUCCCAGUUUUUCAAAAGAAGGAUAACGCUAUCCACUGGUUAACGCAACAGGUUUUCGUAACACUUAUCCACUGGAUGGUUUUUAAUCCUGUGGAUAGCACUAUCCACCUUUUGAACAAUUGAGGCUAGAGUGAUGAAAUAGUUUGGUUGCGUCAUGCCUGAGAGUUUUCCCCUGGUUCAAUCAUCACUUUGAAAUCGAUAAAUCCGCAAUAACUGUCUUACAAAUUGUACUUUAAAGUCGAGGACAUUACGUAUUACCUCAAGAGAAAACUGAGACUGUAGUCAUUAUGUAUGCUGCAAGGGUGGGGUAAAGGAUAGAAAUGAUGAUUAUUUCUGCAUAUCCAUAGAAAAGAAUAGAAAACUUUAUUCAUGUGUCGGAGCCGUAUAGCCUGGGAGCAACCCCAUCUUAAUUUGAGGACACAAUUCAUAAUUAAAUAAUUGGAAUUACCUAUACAAUAUAGAAGUAAAAGUAUUUAAACACCGCAUAAUAUAUUUUACUCUAAUGAUAAUCGGGAGAGAAUUGUAUAAUUAAAUGGAUAUGAUAUGCAGAGAGAACAGCUCUUACAUCCCUCAGCUAUCAUUAAGCUUAUACCAUUUUUACGAAUUCUGCGUUUAAAGAUGUUCAGAGUUUUCGCUGAUGCAACUCCAUGCAACUCACAAGCCGUUUCUGACACCCCCACUCCUCCAGAACAGAAGAAAACAAAGAAAAAACAGUGUGGUCGCAACGUGUUUGAAAGUUCUUGCCAGUCAUUCAGUGGCUGUCACCUGCAUUUCAAGCAAACAGUCAAAGCUAGCUGGUCCUGACUACUUUCUAAUUCUUGGUUUGCAGCCAUGUGACAAGGCGGCCAUGUUGUUGGUGAAUUGAAUACAAUUUUUUCUCGAAGAAUUAACGUGAAAGUUGAAAUGCUUUUCUUCUUGGCCACCGACCUUGCCGCCGUGACGUCACGUGAAAACCAGCAAUACUACAGUAGUUGAUGGUUAUUUGUGACAGAUAAUCUUCGACAUUCCAUCGUGAACGCCCUAACUGCUCUGACUUGGAAUAUUUUAUCCAGCUUGCGAAGUAAAAAAAAUUAAUCUAGGUGUUCAUUUUUCUAACUUAAGUAUUAACUCGAGUCAUUAUAGGCCAGUAAAUCCUUGGAAGAGUUUAAUGAGGAAAAUUCACUGUUAAUCCUUUCACUCAUUAAAUCUGAUUUUUGUGUUAUAUCUUCAUUUAUUAUUAAUCAAUAUUAUCUUUUUCUAGGGAAGCCGUGGAUUGGAUGGCAGUCCGGGAAAGCCUGGUGAACGAGGUCCUAAGGUUGGUAUUUUUGCUUUCAGAGAUGGAAAAUAAUGUUGCUUCACAAACGCCUCUUAGAGUUUCGUUCACACUCGGUACCUGAGUACGCUACUCCUUGGGCACUAAUGUGAACACGCCCAUUUUUCAACUACCCACGCCAGAAUUUAGGUACGGUAUCAGCGCCUGAACGCUCUGCUGAGACCCUGUGCGCGGGCGCACUUUUUCUCUCAUUUCAAAGGCAAUCCUCUGUUUUGUAUACCCAUAACUCCCUGCUACGCUGUGUUAAGUAUUAAUAGUGAACUUAAGCAGAGACGUUUUUGAGCGACGCACGUCAACCGGAAGUGGUCUUUUUUCAUUUUUGGACAGUGGUUUUGCCCAUCUUUUAGGACAACUCGUCUCUAUAAUAGUUAAGACACUUAGAAAUACAAAUUUGGGAGCGUCAAGGUGCUUUAAAAUGAAAAAGACCUCACUUCCGGUUGACGUGCGUCGCUCAAAAACGCCUUUGCUUAAGCUCCCUAAUGUUAGCUUAGGGGAGGGGUAGGUAGUCUGCUACACAGCCGUUGUUAGUGUCGUCACGCAACGCUCCUCCCCACUAGUGGGCAGGAACGUUGCGUGACGACACUAAAAACGGCUGUGUAGCAGACUAAGGGGUAGGUGGAUAGUUUCCUAGAAUGAUUGACCCACAUUUUUUUUGUCCGAUUCGUAUCAGGUGAAGGACACUUAGCCCCUCAUUUUUUCCUUGUCCAAGUACAGAAACGCGUAUCGUUUAACAAAAAAUUGAGACUGCAAAUCGUUUUAAGGAAAAGAAAUUCAGCAUCCAUUGCUUUAAAAAUUUUUUGAAACUUAGUUGGAUCAAUUUAGGUGUCUGGGAAACUGGCUACCUACCCCUCCCCUAAGCCAACAUUUUGCCUCAAGCGAGAAGUAAGUGAUAAUGUUGGCUUAGGGGAGGGGUAGGUGGGCAGUUUCCCAGAACCCUUAAUUGUUGCUGUCAUCGUUCUGAAGAUUUUAGCAUGAAUUCUAAUAUUUAGUCGCUUGUACCACAUGCUCAUCGCCUGUAUCUUAAAGCAUCCGUGAAUAACUUAUUUUAAAAGAUAAUUUUGGAUGAGGAAUUAAUACAGUUAAACCUCUUCUAAGCUCCCAGCUUCUUUAAAGCAGCCACUUCUCCCUCUUCCGAGGGUGGCUGCUUAAUAAAGGAUUAGAUUCUCUCUCUUGAAACGCUCCUUUAGGGAACAUGGAUGUUCUACGCCAAAGAAAAUUGUACUUUGCUUCUGUUCUUAUCCAAAUAUUUAUACAUAAUUCUAUUUAUUGAUGAUGAUGUUAGGGUAACCAAGGACCAAAAGGCCUGAAAGGAGAGAUAGGCCCUGCUGGAGAAAAGGGAGACAAGGGCUGGACUGGUGGACCUGGAGAUACCGGACCUGAAGGACCACCGGUAUGGAGAUUUCCGUUUCUUAGUUUUGUAGAAGGAUCGGACUUUUCAUCGGACAAAAUACUGAGAAGAUGUUAAUCAAGGCGUGGCUAGUUAGUUUGGUUUUCUGAUUUUUUAUUUGGGUCUUUCCCAUGGAAAGACCCAAUAAAGCGCCCAACUUACGUUACCACUGGUAAACGUCUUGUAAAAUGGAUGAAAGAUUGCUUUUUAUAUCUAUUUCCUUGAGUUCGCGCUCGUGCGCUUAUCGUGUGGCACAAAAUUUUUGCGGGAGUUUAUUUUUGCGGAUUGGCGAUUUUUUGUUUUGCGGGAUUUUUUGUUUUGCGAUUAGAACAGAUUGGUUUUUCUUACUUGGAAUUAAUUUUUGCUAUUUUCAGAAAUUUCCCAGUACACACCAUUGAUAAUAUUUUCGUUUUUAUUGAGUACGUGCAAUAGAAGUACAUAUUUUCAAACAAUGCUACGGUGUGCCUACCCUAUGUAAAACCAGUAUUUCAUUGUAUACCGUUUUGUUUCUGAACGAAAGAGACAAAGUUGUAAUUGAACAGACACGAUUUCUUAGUACUUUAUUUUUGUGUAGCGAAUUUAAGUUAGAGAAUAUUUAGUCUGGAGUAAAUUUUUGCCGGAAAAUAAAAAGUGUUUGCGGUAAUUUGUAUUUGUGGGAACUUAUUUUUGCGGAUCGCCGGAAAAAUCGCAAAAAUUGGAACCCGCAAAAAUUUCGUGCCACACGGUAUUUAAAAUUAGGGCGAAAUGGUAGGGCAGGGUCGUGAAAAAGAGUGUGGUUCACCAAGGCGGCACUGAUCAAUAAUAUUUUUUUAUCGAGCUGAAGUUUUCUUAUCUAAGCCUGCGUAUGGAAGAAAAUGGAAAGGACAGGUAAUGCGCUUAAAAAACUCUGCCAGCCCGUGGUGGAAGAGAUAGCUAGACAUUAUAUCACGGAGAAAGCUGUUUUUCUCUUUCUGUUAAAAACGUAAUGGGCUGGGAGUGGGUUGCUUAUUCAUGAGAGCUGGGCGAGGAGUAGACUUUCAAAAGUCCUUCGUCGGAUUUCAUAUGGCGCGGGACCUCGCGACUUCGUCGCUGGCGGUAGGCGGCUUCGCGGCCAAAAAAGGCUCGCUCCGCUCGCCAAGAGGUCGACUUGUAGCAAGUCUAGGCGAGGAGAUGUACGUAGUUUGUCCACUGUUGCCCACUUCAGAAACUCGUCGGAGAAAGGGUGCAAGCUUUAGUUGUAGUGAUUUUUGGGAUCGUGUGAAUUGACAAGCGUUAGUUAUGAUUGGUAUUCAAGGCAGCCAUUAACUAUAAUCAUAAGUAACACUUAUCCGCCCAAGCGAUCCCAGAAAUCGUAGCGCCGAAAGUUUGUACCCAUUCCCCUUAUAAUUUCUGGAAUGGGGAAUUUGUUAUGUGCUAUACAUGUAAGUAUUAUUACCAUCAUUGAUGUUAGAUGUGUUCGUUCUUUUUUCACUUUUAGGGAGAGAAAGGACCACCAGGAACAGACGGAUUGGACGGCCCUCCAGGUCUCAGGGUUAGUAACUGCAAAGCUUGUUUUUUUAGUUAUCUUUCGCUUGGUAUUAGGUUUUUCACUCAUGAAUUGCGUAACUCAGGGUUCGCACAGAGUCUAAAAUACUUGAAAAAGUAUUAAAUUUGCAAAACAAUUUUCCAGAGCUGGAAAAAAUCUGGAAAAUGGAGAGAAAGUUUGAAAAAUAAGGAAUGUUUUUGUUUUCCAAAGCUACAACAAGAUUGUAGCAAGUGAAUUUUUUUUCUGUGGUCAAUCUUAUUCAAUCUUGUCCAUAGCUAAUACAGAAUGAGAAGUUUCAGAACUCUCUAAUGUCCUCAUUGCACCGUGGCUACUGUACGUUUGCAGUGCCUCAUGUCGAAGGCUUGGUUCUUAAGUUUUUCGAGAUCUCUGUUGAUCCCUUUGAUUUAGAAAAAAAAAUAUUAUUUUGGAUAAAAGUCUAAGAAAAGCCGUAAAUUUUGUAUCCAAAAAUCUGUACAAAUCCUGAGGAGAAAGGAUGGCGCAGUGAUGAGAGCAUUUGCUUCCCACCAAUGUGGCCCGGACUCGAACCUCGGCGUCGAUGCCUUAUGUGGGUUGAGUUUGUUGUUGGUUCUCUCCUUUGCUCGAAGAGAUUUUUCUCCGGUUACUCCGGUUUUCCCCUCUCCUCAAAAACCUACACUUCCAAAUUCCAAUUCGAUCUGGAACGCACGGACACGUUUCAGCGAAUUCUCAGGAACUCCUGAGUGUUCCGUGGGUAAACAAAUUACAUUACAUUACAACCCAACCUACGAUUUCUCACCAAAUUUCUUACGAGUUAAGUCUGAGAAUUAAUUUUAAGGCUCGUACGUACACAAUUCAGUGUAAAGUUUUUCUUGUACCUGUUUCUAGUGCAAGAAAAUUCAGUUGAUUGUUUGCGUUUUCUUUUUCAGGGUCCUCCCGGUGAUAUGGGAGGUGAGGGUGCCCCUGGACGAAAUGGGUCCAUGGUAAGUCCUUGUUUGGAAUACCUGACGAUAAUGUUUUGCACUGACUUGGGAAAUAAUCAAUCAGACAAAGUGAACGCCUUUCAUCAAAAGCGAUAUACAGGGCUCGCAAAGCCUUGAAUUUCAGGGGAAGUCCAUAAUUUUCCUUAAAUUUAAUAAAUUCUAGAAGAGUCUCACGAUUGUUAGCAAAACGUAUCACCAAGAUGUUAUUUUUAGGUAAUCAAAUGUUAUAUUUCACUUGCGUUUUAGCACAAAAAAUUAUUCCUUAUUUCUCUCGUCACUAUUUGAUUAGACAUACACGUACAUGUUAUGAUGUACUGACACUAUUUAUUUCUUACUUGCUUUUCACAGGGUGAGCCUGGAUAUAAAGGCCCUGAUGGUGAUCCGGUAUGUACCUACCCUACAAACGUCUUUUUUUUUUUAAUUCUAGAGUUCUCCUCGGUGUCCGGUCGAUGAUGCAAAUUUCCCUUUUCGUAAACGGUCGCUGCCUUUUUUAAGCCACUUAGAAAAUGUUUGAUCUGUUAUUGAGAGUGUUUCCAUCAAAAAGAAAAAAGAUAGCAACCCAGCAGGGUCGAGCCCGAACCUUUCGUAUCCUAAUCUCUCUCCCUUACCGCUACACUACAUACAACACCGACGCGCUGACAUUUCGAAACGUCUCAGUAAAUUAUACUACUACAUGAGAAAUUUCUGCAAUUUGUUUGGCUCAGAGCAGUGGUGUUUCAGCUUAAUUUGAAAUACCUACAUGUGAAAAUUACAAACCUUUUGUGGGUAGUAGUAUAAACAAAUAAUAGCAUGAUUUGUACGUGAUAUUUGGCAUGAAUACCACUUGUGAUAUUUCAAAAUUGUCUCAAAUUUCACUCGCCUAACCGCUCUUGAAAUUACGUAUAACAAUUUCGAAAUAUCACUCGUGGUAUUUAUGCCAAAUAUCACUACAAAUCGUGCUAUUACCUAUACUAAUAAACUAGCAAACUGUCUUUUUUUACUGAUACGUCAAUAACAGGUGACCCUAGCCCUUUCCAUAACUUUGAACAUAAAUUCAACUUGAGCUUCAACGUCGUUCUUUUUAAGACUAUUCAAAAACGUGUUAUUUGCCUUGUGAUAACUUAAUCCAGGGAAUAUAUUACGUGUCUUAUGACUAACGGCUUGGUUACCAAUGGUGGUAUCGUCUGUCAAAAAUAGCAACGGUCGUUUACGAAAGGGAAAUAGGCGUCGUUGAUGUUCAAGUUUUGAUCUUUUACCCUUGACUGGUAAUAACAAAUAACGAACACUUACGAAAAUUAUUUUUCAAGGUUAAACGAAAAUUGCUCGAGCAGUGCUGUCAAGCCGUCAUUUAAUGAGUCAGGGGAACCCAAACACAUCCGAAUAGAUAAAUAGUUUUUCGGUCAGCUCCAAUUCAACCAACAGGGCUUUCAAAGCAAAGAGAAAACCAUUCGAGACAACUGACGCAUUUAGAAUCAUUCGGUCGUUGGGUGCCCCUGAUAGUGACAACUUUUAAUUUGAAUCGCAUUGAACCACAUUGCAGAGCAUAACAAACUCUUAUUAGCUAUCUGACAAAUUAUCAAAUUGAAAAUAAGAAAAUGGGGAUUGACUUAAUAAUAUGUUAUUAUAUUAAAAUACUAAUAUCCAGUUCAUUUUCUUCUUGUUUCCAGGGUGAUCCAGGGGCAUCGGUAAUAUUUCCUUCUAUCAUUUUAACUUUACUUUCCAUAAUUAUGGACAAAUUCAACAAAAUCGAGAGUUUCACAUUGGCACGUGCAUGACAUCAAAUCUAGUCUUGAAAUGGGUCAUGUUAAACUUGUUCACUGAGUAUCUUGGCUCGAAGUGGUAGUUUUAAUAGAAACCUUGCCGUUUUUUCAAAUUUAACGUCAGUUUUGUUGUUAUGCAUAUGAAUAGCACUGUGUAUUUCAGUCUCACCUCUAUUUAAGGAACACCUCUAUUCAGGGGACACAUUCUGGGAACGAGGAUGUCCCAUGUAUGAAAGCUCACUGCGUGUUUGUAUCAGUUACCCUUAUUGAAUGGACACCUCUAUUCAGGGGACAGUAAUCCUGGUCAAGUGGGUGUCCCAUAAAUGGAGGCUCCACUGUCGUAUUAUGUUUGUAUCAAUAACCUCUAUUGAAGGGACAUCUCCAUUCAGGGGACACUUGUCUUGGUCCCCGGAAUGUCCCCUGAAUAGAGGCUCCACUGUACGCCCUCAUUAGCGUGUUCGAUGUCCGUACGGAAAGGUAACGCGGGGGUUUUUCCUUCGGUGCCCGGGCAUUUUGCCUUUUGGGAAAGAAUCUUGUGAGAUAAACAAGGGAGGUUUGAUAAACAAGGGAACUUUGGAUGUCAAAAUUUUAAAACUUUAAAAAAAAUUCUCCCCUCCCCCUACUAAAUUGUUCAACCUCAUUGCAUGCAGCAAGAUAAUGAGCUGUAAGAAAGUGUUGACCAUGACUUUCUUUCUUUUGUGUUCUACUUUAGGGACCAGACGGAAUGCAAGUGAGUGUUUUAAAACUUAAAAUAAUACUAUUAUCCAAAUUUUUUGUAUCAGUCUUUGUCCCAGAAAAUAUUGGGAAAGAAACAAUAACUUUUUAUCUUUUAUCGGCGAAAGCUACAAACAGCCAUUUUUCAGUGCAAAUGAUAAAAUAUGCGUGGGUUUAGAAAAUGUUCAGUAUACCUUGCCAAUAUUUUGCCGCCUUGUAUGUUAGUAAACGAAGGAAGCUAGAUUUUGAAAACUUUUUGUGUAGACUCAGCUCUCCGGUAGUACUGUUGCAAGGGCGCAACUAACUGUACUGCGUUACUUAAAAAAUGUCAAAGAUUGAUUGAAAACGAAAAGAAGACAAAAACAAUGCAACUGAAAAAGACCGAAGAAAAAAGAAGUUUCGUGAUUUCUGAACAAAAACAAUUGAGGUAAUUUUUCAAAACAAAUUGCCGUGUAACAACGAUUUUUCCUCGCCCGAACGCUUGUAGUCCGGAAAUAGGGAGCUUUAGCAUCGGCGACGGCGACUGCAGCGAAAACGUCACUUUUUUAAAUGAAUUCCAAUUUUUUAAACUUUGUUGCGUUUAUUCCAAGUCGCUGUCCAUUUCUAAUGCAGGCGAAUUUCCUUGGAGUUUAUUUCUUGGGGUACGCACUUAAGUUUAGAGAGUGAAGGAAAAUUCGUGGUCGCUUGUUUACGUCCUCCAUAAAAUAGACUGCAAAACAGUCGGUUUUUUCCUCAAAAUCAGUAAAGAAAUCGGUAACGCGUGGCGUAAGAGUCUUAUGCGCGCGAACCGCGCUAGCCUCACACGCCCGUAGCGUCCCUCCCCAGUCUCGCUCUCUGUUUUCAGCCUCGUUCCACACCUUUUGUUUGACUGCUCGCGCGUACUUGAAUACGCGAUUGGGCAAAAAUACGGACUGUUUUGCAGUCUAUCCAUAAAAAGUGAAAUGAGCCAUUAUCCGUCGUGGUCGUGCAGUGACGGCAAAGAAAUGUACAAAAAAGCGUGAUGCACGUGCAACAAUGUUGUUUUUCUAAUUAAACCUAUUGCAUUUUUGCCGUUCUCAUUGCCCGGUUGUCGUCGUUGCUUAAGGUUCCUAAUGCUUCCUGGAGAACGCUUUUCUGCGACCAUAAGAGAUCAUCACCUUACCAUGCUGAUAAAAAAGGAGGGAAAACGAUAUGGGGGAUGGAAAAAGAAAUUUGUCAUAUGAUGGGAUUGGCUAGAGCAAUGUUCACUUGCCAGCCUGUUAGUGCAAAUUGUUUCGGAGAUAUAAGCAACGUUAUACUCAGAUGACAUCGAUGUAAAUCCUUCUAGAUCCAAGCCAAUUUUAGAAGCAUUUAUAUGGAGUCAUCAGAGCAAACCGGUGCUUACAUCUACCCACUAAUUUGCACUAACAGGCUUAUUUUUGGCAAGGGGGCUUUUUUGAUGUUGUUCCUCUGAAUUCUUGGUUUGCAAACACGUGACAAGGCGGCCAUGUUGGGGGUCAAAACAAAAGAAUAUUUCCGCGAAGAAUUUACAUGAAAAUAGAGUUUAGUUCCCAGAGGAGAGAAAUGCUUUUGUUCUUGACCACCAACAUGGCCGCCAUGACGUCACGUGCAAACCAGCAAUAUGCUAACUAAUCCCAUAAUUUCACAAAUUUGAACUUUUGUGACGUCGCACUUCUCUCUAAUUUACCUGGGUAUGAACGGCUCUGGCAGAAAGCCAAGGAGAUAGAAACUAGCGAGACACUCGUGAUAGAAUUGAAUUGCGUAGAUACUAAUAGAUUGAGUUUGUUUUUAGGGACCUCCUGGCCCGCCCGGCCCUCCAGGACCUCCUGUAAGUAAAUGCUUCCACUGACAAAUUCUCUAUACUGAUCUCCAUGCAUUUCCUGAAAGAAUUACGUGAGAGAACGUGAUUAAUGACAAAAAUGUUUUGCCAUUGGUCAUCAUUUUGUCAAUUCUCAUAACAUUUUAACUUGAAUAUUCAUUGAUAAUGUUAGAAGAAAUUGUUAGGACAUUAAACCAAGUAGGUUUUCAAGUAGGUUUUGUGCCAUGUUUUGGUCUUCUGUGUCGUGGAAUAGGUGGUGUCCAAAUGAGUAGCGUGUGCGCUGUUAUUUGUUAUAAGCUUGAAAGGACUUAAGUUGGCUGUGUAGUGCUAUGUUAGCCAAUGUAGUUGAAGCUUCUACUGACCAGAAUAUUUAAUAAAUUUUGAGAGUGUGAGAAAAAGGGGAAAUCUAAACAGGAAGAUGAUGUGAAAAAGUGCUAUUUAAUUCAAGGUGUCCAGGUGUGGCGAAUGAGAUACUUCGUCGAGUGUUUGACACGACUUCUUAAAUCAACUCUUCUUGAAGAGAUAAAGUUAGUGUAAUUAAGGUUUAUAGCACCUUUAUUUUCUCGUCACGAAAAAUCAGCGAGUUGGAGAAGUUCAUUUCCUUUUUUUGUUGUUGUUUCAGGGUGAGCCUGGCAUGUCGGAGAUCGCUAGCGUAAGUAACAACUUCACUGUCUGUGUCAUUCGAAUUCGAAUUCUAUAAAGAGAAAGAAAACGAAAGGCUUGCUAACGAUUUUUACAACGCUAUUCUCUUAAAGCCAUAGACGGUUGAGCCAAGAAAACUUGUUAAAUAACAUGGUAAGCUAACAGGAUCUUUUUUUCUUUCUUCAGUUCCUGUCAAUUGGAAACAUCGAGAAGGGCCCAACUGGGAAUUUCCGACUGUAUUCAAGCAGUGGAAAGGUUAGCAAUUCAUGUUUAUGCAUUCAGUUGAGGCUGACUUCUAUUGAUCAUCUCGAGGUUCCGAGUAAGACUGGGUUGGUGUUAUAUGAAGCUGCUGUCGACUUUUUAGGGUUGUGUGCUUUGUUUUCCCAAUUCAGACCACGUGAUGUUCUCCAGGAAAUUUGCUUUUUGUUUUUUCAUAGAUUAUGCAUACAUAAGAGAGAUUAAGCAUCGCGUUUACGGCAAACGUCAAACUUGAAUUUGUACCACGUGACCAAGUUUUCCAAGUUUUACUUAUCGUUACUACACGAAAAUCGGUAGAUUGACGCCAAUUCUAUCCAUAACAAUUGUUUUAAGCUGUUUUCAUCUGCUCAUUUCUCAUUUUGAAACUUUUUCGCUCAAGUCAUCUCUCUGCGAAACCAUGCAAGUCACAUCAAAAAGAAAUUAUGUUUAUGUUUGUUUCUUUGUUUAUGUAUUUAUUUAUUUUGUUUAGGAAAAACCGAGCAGGGAAAUUAAGGUAAGAGUUUAAGUCUAAUGGUACCGCGUCCGUCCUCAUGUUGAUUUAAAUCAACACCAUUAUUUUGAUGCCCACUCUUAUAGGGGGUUUUUGAUAGUUCUCGCUAAGUAUCCUUUGGCGUAGUUUGAGUGUCUUUUAUUUGUUCUCAGCCAAAGGAUAUUCUGAAGACCUUGGAUGAGAAUGACAAAGAAAUCGAUUCCUUAAUUAGUCCUGAUGGAACGAAGAAAUUCCCCGCAAAGACGUGUUACGACCUCUUCCUUGAUCACAAAAAUUUCAAGAACGGUAAGUUUAUCCAAAGUCAGUAUGUUGUGCUCCGCGUUUCCCCCUUUGUUUUGAAUCAUGUUUUAUUACCAAACAAAAAAGGGUGCAUAAAAUGGCGCCAAAGAUACUAAACACUUCGUCUUAUUAAUUUGGCCAGAAGUACCCAGAAAAAACCGGAUCAUUGUAUGUUUCUGCGAAACUGCCCACCUACCCCUCCCCUACGCCAGCAUUAAAACUUAAUUCUCAGUUAGGCCAAAAUGUUAGCUUAGGGAAGGGGUAGGUGAACAAGGGCGAGAACCAAGACUAACACAACCCCCAUGGCGUCAGUUCUUGGAUUCGAACCCAGGCCACAUUAAUGAGAGGCAAAUGCUCUCACCUCUUUACCGCCCUUUCUCUAAGCACUAGGCUACAUGCUAAACACUACCCUAAAUAGGAAAAUAAGGAUUAUAAUCUUGGGCGUUAGAACCGUCGCUACAGAAAAGAAGUGGUACUUUAGGGAGGCAUCGUGGCUCAGUGGCUAGCUCGUCGGAAUCGCAUGAUUUAACUUACUGUACAACUGCAUUACUCUGGCCAAAAGUUUUCCAUAGAUAAGUUUAAAAAAGUAGAGUGACCAUCGUGUUGGUUUGACCUUUUUUACUGACAGGAAUGUACUGGAUUGAUCCUAACGGCGGAACAAUUAAAGAUGCCAUCUGGGUUUACUGUGACAAGAGUAAAAAUUCAUCGUGUGUUUACCCCAAACAUCCACAGGUAAUGCAAACUCUCUUGUUAGCUCAAUGUGGCGGUACAUGUGUCAGUCGGAUACAGUGACCGUCUUUAAGGCUGACCCCCCUUCUUAGGCUCUGUUUACAAGGAGAGAAGAGGGUUACCCUAGCACUCGCACAUUUCUUCUCUUUGUACACGACGUGUUUACAAGGCGGGUAGGGUUACCCUAGCAAGCAAGAGGGUUAUCCUACCUGCCUUGUAAACGCUCUGCUAGAUAUAACUCACCUACCUGGGACAAGUUUCCUCCGUCAUGCGUGACCAGUAAACUUGACAAUUUGAAUGGAAUUAUCCAAUUUCUGAGCUAAAUUAUAAACAUCUGAACAAUAUAAGGUAUUUUCUGUAUACGAUGAUAAUAUUUUCCUGUUUUUUUUUUUUUUCGGGUAUUUAACGUGUUUUCCAUAGAGAACUUCAAGUUUUAUUUCAAAUUCAAUAAAAUGUGACCUUGGACGUUACAAAGAAAGUCAUGCAUGACGAAAGACGUCAGUAAAGCUGGUAAAGUUGACCCGGGUGAUAGGGGUAACCGUACUUGUGAAAUUUACUUAUAAACCCGGACCGUCUUCAACUCACUUGCUAGGGUAACCUUAGCACGAGGGUAACUCUCUCUCCUCGUAAACAGGCCCUUACAAAGAAUGUCUCGCAUGACUAAACACGUCAGCAAAGCUGGUAAAGUUGACCCGGGUGAUAAGGUAACUUGAUUGUAAACCAGAGCUAACUUUAACCUGCUUGCUAGGUUAACCCUAGCACAAGGGUAACCCUCUCUCAUUGUAAACAGGCCCUUACAAAGAAUGUCACGCAUGACGAAACACGUCAGCAACGCUGGUUAAGUUGACGCGGGCAAUAGGGUAACCUUACCUGUAAAAUUUGCUUAUAAACCCGGGUUAUCUUUAACCCUCUUGCUAGGGUAACCCUCUCUCCUUGUAAACAGGCCCUUAGCCUCCCAAGCAGACUUUCUUUUGGCUCGUCACGCAAUCCUCGCUGGCGCCCUCUUAAUUUUUUUCGUUAUCUCACACUUAUAAUUUUAAAUUGUAAUCACGGGUUGUAACCUUAGUGCAAUUGCAUCGUGCAUCACCGUUAUAUUGUUACUUCAAAUCACAUUAACAUGUCUUGCUUUAAUUCAAAGUUAUGAUUUAUAUUUUACCGACUUGUCCAUUUCUAAUACGCUCAAGUAUCAAGACUUAAAUUUCGUAACUUCCGCAGACCAAAUUUCCAAUGAUAAAAAAAAUUUGGACGGUUGACAUCACUAAGACAUUUGCGCGAUGUCUCGCCUGUUUUGGCAGCGGAGUGCCGUCUUUACAGGGACGAGUUAAAAAACAAGUUUCAACAGGGCCUCCAAUUAUUUGUCUGCCUCAUGUACCUUUCUGAUUUGGUUGCAGAUCUCCGACCUUGCCCUCAAAAAGGAGUACCAGGACAAAGAAGACAAGUGGCUAAGCGAAGCGUUUGUGGAGAGUGAGGAGGUGAGAUGAUAGAUUGAUUUUCCUCGGCAGGAUUUCUCGAAGGGUUAGGACACGAAUUCGCGUCAAAUGUAGAUAUGACUCUCCUCCGCAGAGCCUCAAAGUUGCAUAGCGAGAGUAAGUGUGGGCGCAAAAGUUUUUUUGUUUAGAGGCGGGGGAGCCUGUUCCCGCCCUGAUUAAUCUUUUGGUUUUCACGCCUGCACUCACUUUGCGCAGCGCAAAUUCAAUAACGCCUCAUUAAACGUCUUCGGAGGGAGACAUAUGUAAGCAAGUGAAAGCUGUAUCUUUUUUUUUUUCGAAGAGCGUAUGUUCGGCGAAGUCUUUUUUGAUUGGAGGAAAUAAAAACUGUGAUUGGACCAAGCACACAUUAUUCCUCUUAAAGGAAAAUUGUGCUUUUUAGAUGCGAGGUUUGCGGGUAGUCUUGUUACUGUCAUAUUCAGUGCAGUAAUAUUCAGUAAUUUGUCAGUAUUACAUUUCACACGUUCAUAUUUGCCGUGACUGCACAAGGUAGAUAUUAAUUCUUUUGCAAAGUGAUAGUCCUUGCUAUUAAUUUUGUCCAAUCAUGUCCGAUGUAUGACUGUUGUAGAGAGAAAGAGACCAUUAUACAUGUUGAACAAGCUGUUAACCCUACACAUUGUGCGAGCGCGUUUUUUUUCCUUAUUUCCAGUCCCUUAAGUGGAUUUCCACUGUUACGUAAUUUUUACGUCCAUACUCCACCCCUUAGACUUUAUUUGGAAAUGUACGUUUCCAUUAAAGACUGCUAUAAAAAUUGCGUCACUGGUAACAACCAAACGGUUUCCUUCCAAUGGAUGAUUAGACUUUUACGGUUUUGGUUUUUGAGUGGUACUCUUGAGUUAUUUGUUUAUUUGUUUUGUUACUUCUCUCAAUGACUUCCUCUAUUUUGGUCUGCAAAGAGAUCUCGAGUACUUUUUCUUGCUGUGUGAUACUAAACAUUUCUUCGUUUCAGAUUGAAUACGAUGCUCAUUACACUCAGCUUAAUUUCCUGAAGACUCUGAGCAACUAUGCGAACCAGAACGUCACAUACGCUUGCCGCAAAUCCAAGGCUUGGGAAGACGGCCAGCACUCCAUCAAACUAAUGGGCUCCAACGAAAUGCAGUAUCAUGCUACUUCCAAGAUUUCCCUUAGGCCUAACGUCAUCACCAAUGAAUGCACAGUAAGUUGACAGUUUGCCUGUUCCCUUGUUAGAAAUAAACCUCCUUUCACAAUCCACAGUCUUGGACAACACUGUUACAGAUAUAACCUGGGUAUACACUUCUACGCCCCGACAGACCAGUAACACCAAUGAGCCCCUUACCCCUGAGCAGUAUGAUCCGCUUCUCUUCAGGGUUCCUCAGGCAACGGUAUUUUUGUGAGCGAACACUGAAUUAGGUUGGGGCGGGGGACAAGGGGGUGGGUUACCUCCAUAUGAUUUUUUUUAGCUAAACACGCGAGAGGAAGCAUUUUGAAUCCAAAACUAGCCUGCGAGCAGGCUCUCCUAUUUGGGCGAGCAAAGCAAGCCGCGAGGGUCCCUCGCUUUUGCGUCUCCUCUCGCCUACUUUUUUCGCGCGUCUACUUGGAGAGCUUGCUCGCAGGCUAAUUCAAAACAAGGUAUUUUCCCAUUUUUCACGCUUUACUGCAGUGCUUUAGUUUGAGUCGCAGUUGUACCAAAUUGGGAAAUCGUGAUUUUCUGUCGAAAGAAUAGAAGACAGCACUCUCUGAUUUUACUAAUAAAUGGUCGGUCAAAACCUCUAUUGUAUCAUUUAUAUCGUUUAAAUAAGCAAAAUCUGUCAUUCCUGAAAUUAACGCCUUAUAUUGUUUUAUAAAAGCGCUCUAUUAGAAUUCCGCUCAAUACAUGACACAUUACAGUCUACCAAGUUUACCCCUCUGCAGUGCCGGCUCAUUUAACAGUGUCUAGAGGCCAAUAAUGUCUCGUUAUUUGGGGGUCAUAGUGGUUCCGUUAUAUUGUGCUAGUGCGUUAUUUUUUACCCUUGGUUGUCGUCUUACUCUGACGCUUAAUAAUUACAGGACAGCAAAAACGCCAACAAAUGGGGUAAAACAGUUUUAGAGAUCGACACAAGAGAGAAGAGUAGGCUACCAAUCGUGGACGUGGCAGCAUAUGACAUCGGUGGAAAAGACCAGGACUUCAAACUUGUAAUUGGACCAGCGUGCUUCCACCACGUAAAGGCGUAG